AUGCUGGAGUCAUGUAAGAGAGGAAUGGUGAUAAUUGGACAAGUUGUAUAAAAUAACGUUUUUAACCCAUAUCAGGGUAGGAUAUGAGUUUAUGCUUGUUUUGGGUCAGGGUGUUCUGAGAUGUGUGAAAUAUCAUUGUUCUCUCUGCUGACUGCUGUCAAUUAUCAAGAUUUCGUUGCAUUCUGAAAACAUUAAUGGCAUUCAAUAGGAGUUGUAUUUAGGAGUGGGAUUUCUAUCUUCUAGACAUUUGCCUUUUAGAGAUCCAUAAUUUUUUUUUAAUGAUUCACCUCACCCAUCAAAAAAACCAACCUUUGACAGUGUGUCUGAGGCUGUAGUUUUAACCAAAACUGUUGCAGCCACUCAGGAAUGAACCAGAUGCAGUCCAGCAGACUAAAACUGAGCAUACAGUAAUAUAACCCUUCUCACUUGCUUUUGUCCCUGUUCAAUUAUUAAAAUAGGUGUAUGUUCUGUGUAUUGCAUAAGAUUUCUAUGCCAAUGAUUCAUGAGGAGUUUCACGAUCGACUGACUAAUUAUUAGUCUGCUACUAGUACUGAAUAGGAUUUUAAGUCAUCUGUCUCUGGUCUUGCAUUGUUUUGGAAAGGAAACAUAUGCCUUUGAGUGGUUAAAGUGAUUUGUUGUGCUUCAGUCAGAGGGUUUAACCUAAUUAAAUUGGUAGGCCGACAUUACCUCAGUAGAAUAGCUAUAGGAUUUCAGUCUUGUCGUCGUAACACAUUUCUUGGUAAAUUAGGAUUAUUGAGCAGCAGUAGGCUAUGUAGUUAAUAUUAACGGAAUUUAGAAUAGACAGGUGUCAAAAUAUAACAUGUAUAUUGCAAUUGUCGAAUAGUUACUAUUAGGAUUCGGUAGGUACUAUGCCAUAACAUUAUUAACCUGUUAAACAAAGUUUCAGACAAUGUGCUGUCUAUUCCAGGUAAUGAUUUGGCCCUGUAGACCCUGCAUCCCAGACUCAUAGUUGAUAUGGACCCUGGCAGGGUUGCCUGAUGCAUGCUUACUUCACUGGCAACCUGCUAAACCAUAUUUCCCACUCAUGUUGAACAUUGUCUGUAAUUUGCAGGAAAUCUAACAUACAACAUCAAAUCUAAGAAAUUACUACUAUAAUCCUCCUGUUGUCUUACUAUUGUAAGACCUACUAAGGAAACUUAGUAACCAAGACCCCUACUGUAAGAGGCAAUGGCGCCUUUGUCACAUUAAUCUGAGGUGACAUUCAACCCCAUGUAGGCUCUCAUGGAAAGCUAAAUGUAGUCUGCUGUAUUAAGUAAGCCUACAUUGUAUGAUGCUGCUUUUUACUCACGCUGGAGUGUUGCGUAUCUCCUCAAUAUUGUAAGGGCAAGGAUAUUCCACACUGCAGUUUAAGGGCAAGUUGAGUCUGACUCAUGGUGGCUCAAUUAGGCUAGAGUCUAAACAGCCACGAAAGCUCAUAUUUCCUUCUCUUUCGGAUUUCUCAUGUGUUCUCGUUUUAAUCAAAUUGGCAUAGAGACAUAUUAAAGAUAAAGAGCAUUUUCUUAAUUUAGGCAAAACAUUUUUGUAUGGAUACCUUUUACAUAUGUAUUUGUGUCAGUCUGCAUAUAAGAAAACAGUCCUGUUGGACAGCCCAGAGAGACAUACAGUGAGGGAAAAAAGUAUUUGAUCCCCUGCUGAUUUUGUACGUUUGCCCACUGACAAAGACAUGAUCAGUCUAUAAUUUUAAUGGUAGGUUUAUUUGAAAAGUGAGAGACAGAAUAACAACAAAAAAAUCCUGAAAAAUGCAUGUCAAAAAUUUUAUAAAUUGAUUAGCAUUUUAAUGAGGGAAAUAAGUAUUUGACCCCUCUGCAAAACAUGACUUAGUACUUGGUGGCAAAACCCUUGUUGGCAAUCACAGAGGUCAGACGUUUCUUGUAGUUGGCCACCAGGUUUGCACACAUCUCAGGAGGGAUUUUGUUCCACUCCUUUUUGCAGAUCUUCUCCAAGUCAUUAAGGUUUCGAGGCUGACGUUUGGCAACUUGAACCUUCAGCUCCCUCCACAGAUUUUCUAUGGGAUUAAGGUCUGGAGACUGGCUAGGCCACUCCAGGACCUUAAUGUGCUUCUUCUUGAGCCACUCCUUUGUUGCCUUGGCCGUGUGUUUUGGGUCAUUGUCAUGCUGGAAUACCCAUCCACGACUCAUUUUCAAUGCCCUGGCUGAGGGAAGGAGGUUCUCACCCAAGAUUUGACGGUACAUGGCCCCGUCCAUCGUCCCUUUGAUGCGGUGAAGUUGUCCUGUCCCCUUAGCAGAAAAACACCCCUAAAGCAUAAUGUUUCCACCUCCAUGUUUGAUGGUGUUCUUGGGGUCAUAGGCAGAAUUCCUCCUCCAAACACGGCGAGUUGAGUUGAUGGCAAAGAGCUCGAUUUUGGUCUCAUCUGACCACAACACUUUCACCCAGUUCUCCUCUGAAUCAUUCAGAUGUUCAUUGGCAAACUUCAGACGGGCCUGUAUAUGUGCUUUCUUGAGCAGGGGGACCUUGCGGGCGCUGCAGGAUUUCUGUCCUUCACGGCGUAGUGUGUUACCAAUUGUUUUCUUGGUGACUAUGGUCCCAGCUGCCUUGAGAUCAUUGACAAGAUCCUCCUGUGUAGUUCUGGGCUGAUUCCUCACCGUUCUCAUGAUCAUUGCAACUCCACGAGGUGAGAUCUUGCAUGGAGCCCCAGGCCGAGGGAGAUUGACAGUUCUUUUGUGUUUCUUCCAUUUGCGAAUAAUCGCACCAACUGUUGUCACCUUCUCACCAAGCUGCUUGGCGAUGGUCUUGUAGCCCAUUCCAGCCUUGUGUAGGUCUACAAUCUUGUCCCUGACAUCCUUGGAGAGCUCUUUGGUCUUGGCCAUGGUGGAGAGUUUGGAAUCUGAUUGAUUGCUUCUGUAGACAGGUGUCUUUUAUACAGGUAACAAACUGAGAUUAGGAGCACUCCCUUUAAGAGUGUGCUCCUAAUCUCAGCUCGUUACCUUUUCUAAAAGACACCUGGGAGCCAGAAAUCUUUCUGAUUUGAGAGGGGGUCAAAUACUUAUUUCCCUCAUUAAAAUGCAAAUCAAUUGAUAACAUUUUUGACAUGCGUUUUUCUGUUUUUUUGUUGUUGUUAUUCUGUCUCUCACUGUUCAAAUAAACCUACCAUUAAAAUUAUAGACUGAUCAUGUCUUUGUCAGUGGGCAAGCGUACAAAAUCAGCAGGGGAUCAAAUAUUUUUUUCCCUCACUGUAUGCAUAUAAUCUUACAUUUUAUUUAGUUUGAAAUUAGCCUGGUAAAUGCGUUUUUAAUCUGUAGGCUACAAUCUCAAUUGACCACCCAGUUUAUUUGCUUAAACCCAAUCAAGGAGUGCAACAUUUGACCGAUAUUAUAAUAAUAAUAAUAUGCCAUUUAGCAGACGCUUUUAUCCAAAGCGACUUACAGUCAUGUGUGCAUACAUUUUUACGUAUGGGUGGUCCCGGGGAUCGAACCCACUACCCUGGCGUUACAAGCGCCAUGCUCUACCAAUUGAGCUACAGAGGAAACCCCAUGAUUAAUCAGAAAUAGUGGGGAGAGCAGGUCACACAAUGGUAGUAAAUGUCAGGGCAGCAUGCCCUCAGGCUAGGGCUGGGCGAUAUGGACAAAAUAUAAUAUCACUGUAUUUUUCAAAUUUUUGGCGUAUUUUAUGUUUUUGAAUUAUACAAGUUCUAAAUGUGCUUUACGAGUAGUACGUGACCCUAUUGUGGCAACACAUACAUACAUACAUACAUACAUACAUUCUAAAAUAUUUCAAUGGGUCUUUCUCCAUUCUGAUUGUUUUAUACAGUUCAAUUCAACUGAAACCAAAAACAAUUCAUCUAUUUGCACUCAUUUGAGAUCAUUUCCCACUGCCACCUAGGGCUGCACAAUAUGGGCAAACAAUCUAGGCCUUAUUUUUAACCAAAUGUUGCAAUUGCGAUUUGACUUGCUAUUUAGAGCAAAACACUUGGGUGAACUGUUGGAAUCAUGGAAAUAGACUGAUUAUUUUAAUUCUAUAGUUAGAAUAUAAUAGUGGGCACUUUGAAUACAGCGUUUUGACAUGACAACAAAUGUAAAUGCCAGGGAGGAGUACUUGUGAUAGGGUAGGAACCAAAGUGUUGUGUUUCCUAGGGGACCCUAUAAUCUUUGGCUACAUUGAAUGUUUUCUCAUAGCUACUUCAUGUAGCUAACAUAUUCAUGCUGCACGUAUUCCUCUUCGAUUUAGAAGAUACUGUUGCACAAACAACAUGCUGAUUUAGGUCUACACCAUCACUGGUAUUAUCAGGCUGUAUAGCUAGUUACGUUUGCUCUGACUUAGUACAUUUUAUUAGCUAGCCAGCUAACUAGCGAUUAGCAUUUGCGGCUAACACGAUUUAGGCCCAACUUGCUAAGAAAAGAAAAACUAGCCAUCUGCAGAUGUAAGAAACACAAACUAAUAGUGUAAUUAUAGAAUGCUAGUGGAUUUAUAUUAAGAAAAUGAAAACGGCAUCGUUGUCAUCAACAUUGUUGCUUGUGCUGCAUUGACCACGCAGACUGAACGAAAGUGUCUCUGGUCGAGCAACAACAAAUGCACUCCUUGAGUGACGGGGGCGGGGCUAGGUCUGUGUGGAAAGCGGCGCGGAGAGAGAUGACUCCAGUAGCGGAGUAAACUAUCAAAAUGGACGUUCCACGCGGCGUAUCACAUUUAAUAAACCAAACAUUCAAAUACCGUUAUAGAAGGUCAAGUAAAAACCCAAACCGGUCCAUGCAUCAAUACCGGUGUAUAUAGUCAAAUACGGCAUACUGCCCAGCCCUACCUCAGGCCGUAGAGCUGCCCAGCAGAGUCAGUUAAAAAAGGAGCCCAAGGGCUCUCAUCUUCAAAGUUACUUGAUCAAAUAUGGCCUGCUCUUGAAAAUGAAGGACAUACAAGUUAAAUAAAACCCUAGCCUCCAUAAAUUUACCUCUAUCCCCUUAAAAACCCCGAAGAGGCUCAAUUGAUUUCAUUUGCUUGUACAGAAGAGAAAGUGGAGACGGAAAAGGAAGAUUUUUAAAUGUCCUCCCAGAGACGAUCACAAGUCUCGAUUUAAAUUAGCAGAAGAGAACUGGGAAAAGGAAGUUUGUCGUAGAGUUGACGCCGGGUGGGGACACCUCUGCAUGGUGUCGUGAAUUGGCAGGCUGGUCGUGUAGGAGACAGAGUAAAGUAGAGAAGUGCCCAGUCUCUGGUGUGAAGUGGCCCUCUGAUAGCACUGAGCCAUGCUGCAUGAUAUGAGUAAGUCUGGGUGCCUGCCUCUACUUUGUACCCUCCACAUUUACAUGCCCUGACCCACUUCAGCAGUGGCCAGAGUGGGGGGAUGGGGACAGGGAGGGGUAGUCUGUGUAGGACGCUAAAAAUACCCCAUCCGCACCAGCAAGACCAUAGCAGAGGGAUCCCUGGAAUUGCUGUCCUUGACUCACAUCGAAUAAGUUGGCAUGUAGAGGGGUUCAAAGUGCCAACCAUGACCAAGAGGGUUUCCUUAGUUUGGGGGCAUUGCUUGGAAGUCCAGCACCACACGUUGUCAUUUGAACAGAUAACAUUUGCACCGUUUGGCCAUAGAGAGCUGGUACAUUUAAUACUUUCUGCUCCCAGGAAAGGAGAAACUGCUGGGCUUUUUUAUGACAAAUGUCUAUUCUUAUACGGUUGUGAAACCUCAAUAGCUUUCUUUGGUCUUCUCUUACUUAGUAAGGGUUUUGCUGGUGUCGUGCACAAAGGGUUAACCUGGCUCCUGUCGUUGUUCAACCAUACCAUGCCAGCUGUUAGCUCAGAGAUCCAAUCACAAUGAUUUUCCACUGUUGUGACAUGUGACCUGUUCCGCAACCCGAAACUGUCACCGCUCAGCAAAUGUUGGCACUUCCUUCAUCUUGGUGGUGCAGGCUCAGAGCAUAAGAUGUGAGGACAGGGGAAAUGGAGUUGGGCCGCCACCAUUACUUUGGGGUUGAACAUGUGCGUUUGCUGGGUGCUGAGGGCAACUCAAAUAUGCCAACCAUUUUUAGAGGGCCAUUUAGGAGAAGAAAAAAAACGCAUCGAGCGAGUCACACACAGCAAUAGGCAAGUUAACAUGGUAAGUAAUCUGGGCCACAGUGGAAAUUCACUUGAAUUUGUCUUAAGUUGUGGAAAGAUGCCGUUCCUGUCAGGCAGAAUGCAAGUUGCCAGAGGGUUUCAAUUAGUAUAAAUGGGCCACACUAAAAUUUGAGUAUAAGUUCCACUUAGGCAAAGGUAAAAAGUUUCACUUUGUGUUUUCACACAUCUGACAAAAAAAUUUUUUUAAACACUACCACAUGAAAUAUUUUGGUGGAGACCUCUGCGUACCUUUCAAUCUCACCCAAAACUUGUGGCCAGCACAAGGGAUAUUUCCCUCUCAAAUUAGGUUUUAUGUCACCUCAGAAAUGCAACCAGCCCUGCAAUUAUGUUGUGUAAAGAAUAAUAAAUCCUGCCCUUUUUCCAUGGCAGAUGGCUCCAAAUAGAAUUGACGAAUGUGACCGACUAGUUUCCCAAAAAUGAGUCUGAAAGUAGUGGGUUCAUUGGGUUGCUCUCAUUUGUCCAGUUACUGAGAUUAAAUUGUUACUUGUUGUGUGAAUGUACCACAUUCGCGCCCUCGUUAAAGCGCUCUCUUUCUGGGCGUCUUAAAAUAUGUAGGGAUUUUGGCCUGACGCAGAUACAAUUAUGAUUAUUAUGUUCCUAUCCGACUUUAAAAAGGGAAGCGCUCUCUCUCUCUCUUCUCUUCUUUUCCUCUCUUUCUCAUUCAGUUCAUUGUUACACCCAGACACUAAUGCAGACAGUGAAUAAAACCGACUGCCCAGCUGGUGACCACUUUGAGAGAGGGAGUAGGAAGUGCGUCCCCCGCCUCCCCUUCAGUGGUAAAUUCCUUUCCUCUAGAGCAGUGAUUCUCAAACCUCUCCAUUGGGACCCCCAGCCGUUCCAUGUAUUUGAUAUAUUCCAGAGUGUGCGCACAUGAUUCAACUUGUCAACUAAUCGUCAAGCCCUUGACCAGGUGAAUCAGGUGUGCUAGUUCAGGGCUACAACACAUUUUUGAAACGUCUGGGGGUCCCGAAGAGAAGUUUGAGAACCACUGCCCUAGUGGAUCCACUGGUCAUUCACUGUCCUAUUUUGCCCUUUAGCCAGUAUACAGUGGGGAGAACAAGUAUUUGAUACACUACCGAUUUUGCAGGUUUUCCUACUUACAAAGCAUGUAGAGGUCUGUAAUUUUUAUCAUAGGUACACUUCAACUGUGAGAGACGGAAUCUAAAACAAAAAUCCAGAAAAUCACAUUGUAUGAUUUUAAAGUAAUUAAUUUGCAUUUUAUUGCAUGACAUAAGUAUUUGAUACAUCAGAAAAGCAGAACUUAAUAUUUGGUACAGAAACCUUUGUUUGCAAUUACAGAGAUCAUACGUUUCCUGUAGGUCUUAACCAGGUUUGCACACACUGCAGCAGGGAUUUUGGCCCACUCCUCCAUACAGACCUUCUCCAGAUCCUUCAGGUUUCGGGGCUGUCGCUGGGCAAUACGGACUUUCAGCUCCCUCCAAAGAUUUUCUAUUGGGUUCAGGUCUGGAGACUGGCUAGGCCACUCCAGGACCUUGAGAUGCUUCUUAUGGAGCCACUCCUUAGUUGCCCUGGCUGUGUGUUUCGGGUCGUUGUCAUGCUGGAAGACCCAGCCACGACCCAUCUUCAAUGCUCUUACUGAGGGAAGGAGGUUGUUGGCCAAGAUCUCGCGAUACAUGGCCCCAUCCAUCCUCCCUUCAAUACGGUGCAGUCGUCCUGUCCCCUUUGCAGAAAAGCAUCCCCAAAGAAUGAUGUUUCCACCUCCAUGCUUCACGGUUGGGAUGGUGUUCUUGGGGUUGUACUCAUCCUUCUUUUUCCUCCAAACACGGCGAGUGGAGUUUAGACCAAAAAGCUAUAUUUUUGUCUCAUCAGACCACAUGACCUUCUCCCAUUCCUCCUCUGGAUCAUCCAGAUGGUCAUUGGCAAACUUCAGACGGGCCUGGACAUGCGCUGGCUUGAGCAGGGGGACCUUGCGUGCGCUGCAGGAUUUUAAUCCAUGACGGCGUAGUGUGUUACUAAUGGUUUUCUUUGAGACUGUGGUCCCAGCUCUCUUCAGGUCAUUGACCAGGUCCUGCCGUGUAGUUCUGGGCUGAUCCCUCACCUUCCUCAUGAUCAUUGAUGCCCCACAAGGUGAGAUUUUGCAUGGAGCCCCAGACCGAGGGUGAUUGACCGUCAUCUUUAACUUCUUCCAUUUUCUAAUAAUUGCGGCAACAGUUGUUGCCUUCUCACCAAGCUGCUUGCCUAUUGUCCUGUAGCCCAUCCCAGCCUUGUGCAGGUCUACAAUUUUAUCCCUGAUGUCCUUACACAGCUCUCUGGUCUUGGCCAUUGUGGAGAGGUUGGAGUCUGUUUGAUUGAGUGUGUGGACAGGUGUCUUUUAUACAGGUAACGAGUUCAAACAGGUGCAGUUAAUACGGGUAAUGAGUGGAGAACAGGAGGGCUUCUUAAAGAAAAACUAACAGGUCUGUGAGAGCCGGAAUUCUUACUGGUUGGUAGGUGAUCAAAUACUUGUGUCAUGCAAUAAAAUGCAAAUUAAUUACUUAAAAAUCAUACAAUGUGAUUUUCUGGAUUUUGGUUUUAGAUUCCGUCUCUCACAGUUGAAGUGUAAUUACAUUUACAGACCUCUACAUGCUUUGUAAGUAGGAAAACCUGCAAAAUCAGCAGUGUAUCAAAUACUUGUUCUCCCCACUGUAGGUUGGGUCAUUUUUAUCACGGACCAUUUGAAUUGCCUUUCUUCAUACAAAGCUGCCUUUUACAUGUCAUCUUUCCUGCCGUUUUUUGACUUCCUGAUUCCGGUGCACCCCUCUGUCCGGCUCGAACCUGGCACAUUCCCUUCUGAUGGUUCUAAGAAUUUAAUCAAAUAGAAUCCUCCUUCAAACAGGCUGACCACUGCUGUGCUUUAUUCUGCACUUUGGUCCCUAACAUGGGGGGGGGGUAAAAGAUGAAUGGACAGGGCUCGGUUAUUAGUCUUUGCCAGUGACCUGGGGUUCCUACAAUCUAUUUUCAGAAGGGUGCUGUGAAGCAAACGACUACAAGCGUCUUUGCCUGAUAGUUUGGAUUAUACCAUCAGUGUGUUGCCUUGUGACUUUUUCAUAAUAAGUGCUGUUAUUGAAAUGAAACAUGCCAUUUGAAUUCUGAAUGACCAACGUUAUGUAUUUUUUCUCUUUCAGAUCCUCGUAUGCUGUCUUCUGAGUCUGCGUGUGUGAACCUCGGUGAACAUGAAAGAAUAGGGCACGCCACGGUCUGAGGGAAAUGGCUUUUGAUCUGUCCAAGUCCUUCUACCUGGAGUCUCCUCACUUCACCACCAUCCUCCUCUGAAGGACCUGUAGCUGUUUAUGGGAACUACUACUGGGCUUGCUCGCAGAGGAUUUUAGCUCUCCCUUUGGGACACCAUUUUUCACCGUAGCCGACGGUGCGCGCGCGCAGAGGGACAUUAUGGCGAACAACUCGUACAGCGGAGUGAAGAACUCCACGUCCACGGCCAACCAUGAUGGGGACUUUGGCUGCUCGCUAAAGGACCUGCGGUCUCUCAUGGAACUGCGGGGGGCAGAGGCAAUAGGCAAAAUCAGGGAAAGUUAUGGGGAUGUUCAAGGACUCUGCACCCGAUUGAAAACGUCACCUGUCGAUGGUAGAUACCGCCUCGUUCUAUUUCUCAACCAAUUCACCUUCAUCACUCUUCAUUUGGAUUAGAUCUGUUGUUCUUGAAUGCUAGUUGUGAAUGCUAGCUUAGAGAGCAUGUCAUUGGGCCGUGUCAUCCACAGCACCUUGACAUCACUUCCUUGGAAAGCUGGUAUCCUAGUAGACAGGUGGCCGGGGAAGGGUGGUACUGACCCGGUCCGGGCCUUGAGCUAUUCUGGGGCCUGUGUAUCUCUCGCUCUCUUUUUUCACCUCUGAUGUGCGGAGGGAGGCUUCCGACAGACCAGCUGUCUGCCUGGGCACCGUACCAGACUCUGCAGGUCAAUGUUCCACAUGUGGGGACAGGACAGGAUGGUGUGCACAGCUAGUAACUGGUUUAAAGUUGUGGUGUGGGCAAGACGCUCAUCUCCGGAACUGGUCUGCUACCCUGUUCCGUUGUGCAGCUUUCCAGCAGCACGGCAUGCUUUUAUCCCCCUUUCAUCAUGCCCUGGAGACGAGAGUUGAAAAACACUUAAUUACCAGAGUCUGUCUUUUUGCUGUAGCCGGUGCACAGGUCUCUCAGGGCUCUCCCCAGCAAUGUCUUGGUCUGUGUAGCAGCUAAUCUUAAAAAAUGGCACUGCUUUUUUAAGUGUGUGUGUAUAUAUAUAUAUAUAUAUAUAUAAGUCCCCACCACCACUGCAAUAUUUAUCCUAUUUUUAUAAGGUGGUUCAGGCAGUACCCCUGUUCCGUUCCUCAGGGACUAUCCCUGUUGUCUGCUUUAUAUCCUGUCUGUGUGUGUAGACGCUGAUCCUCUCUGUCCACUCAGCAGAUCUGGCCAUGCCAAGUGUGUGGAAAAAGUGCCAAGUCACUUUACAUCAGGGACUUGCUUGUGUAGAGCCUCUCCUGCAUACAUUGGUUUACCGCUCUCUCUCCAGUCCCCACAUAGAAGUUGUUGUGCCUAAUCGCCGGCAUGACCUGGAUUGAACUCUUGGGGGAGGGGAUUUUCGGUUUGAUCCCAGAUUAAAACGGCAUGGUUUCAAUGGUAGUAAUGAAUGGCCUGUACCACAUCCGUUUGUAGGUGGUGUAGGUUCUACAAACCCCUGUGCAACAUUCAUUUGUUGGUUUGAACUUCAGAAGUGGCACAAGGGUUUGUUGUUUUGAACAUCAGAUAGGUUUGUAUUAGAGUUAACAUACCAUGAUGUUAUAGUAUAUGCAAUAUUUCAAUGAUUUGGACAAUGGUUGCCCCAUUCUUUCAUGCAUAAUCUUUUUUUUUUUAACAACGGUUUUCUCAUAUUCAUAGCUGACAUUCUUUGAAAAGGAAAAUGCUCAACACUCACUCACCAUUAAAAAUGCAUUGUUUUAUUCAAGUUAAAAUAUAAAUUUUUCCGCCAUCAAUGGUCUUCAUCAGAACCACACACACCUGGCUUUGUACAAGGCUUGAAUAUCUGCUCAAAGCUGUUGUGAUUAUUGAAAAAGGUUUUGCAGGGUCGAUAGCUGAGACUGGUGUCUCAAGUUUUAUUUGUCACAUGCACAGUGAAAUGUUUAACUUGCAGGCCCUUCCCAGCAGUGCAGUAUUCAAUAUCAAAGGAGUAGAACUAAAAAAAUCAACAUGAGAAAUAAGAAAGGAAGUAAAAAACUGUAGAAUGGAAGCUAUAUAGAGGGUCGGUGCCAGUACCAGAUUUACAAUGACCAUCGUCUACACGUGUCUGAGCAUCUGUGUCAACCGGUUGAAAUGCCGAACAGAAAGACCGCUCAUACUUGAGGCUUGAAUGAUCUCAAAUGCCCUAGAUCAGUCAGUUAUGGUACUUGUCCUCUCCUGCCCUUUGUUCAGUGAGUAUUGAAACACCAAGAUGAUUAACAACCAGAAGUAUUUAGGCCUAGUCAUAGCUGGAUUCUGUUCUGCCAGCUCAGUGUCAAAGUGCCAGAGUAAAGCUCCAACUGGGGGGGUUUUAAAUGUGUCAAUUGCAAGGAUUUGUUGAGCUUUGUAUUUGGAUGUUUUUGGUGAAUUGUAAAGUUUGUAUAAUUUGUAAUGACAAAGCAGGGGAUCUGUACAGGGCCAUGCCUUGUAUAAUAUUGUUGUUGGUAGAUUUAUUUUGUCUUGAUGUAUGCUAGCUAGAGACACAAUUUCAUGUAAGUAGUCAUGACAGUUGGUGUUUUAUUAAGGAUAAACGCGGAUGAGAUCAGAUAGGGUUAUCUGUCCAUUUAGUUAGGCCUUGUGCAUGUUCAGAAACUUUCAAAUCAUCGCUUUCAUUUCCGCUGACAGGAAUUUACAGUAUUAUUACUUUGCACUUUUUUGGAUGGCUAGUCAUUUCUGAUAGAAUGUUCCUCUGAGAAAUGUGUUAAUUUGGAAAAUGAAUGAUUCUCUACCCAUCCACCUAUAUUUGACAAUGUACACUUGAGUUUACACAGCUUGCUCUCCUUUCAAGUGACCAUAGCUUACAGCCACUGUAGUGCCCUUCCCGGUGUCAUUUGAAAAUGUUCCCAGUGUGAAAAUGUUCUCAAUUCAAUUCUCCUCAUUUUCACUUUCUGAUCGAUUGUGAUGUGAUUUUGUAAAAUUUCUCAGAGCCUGAAAAUUGUCACAGUUCAAUAAUUGCACGCACGUCUGCUUAUGUGGAUGGCUGAGCUCAUUCGGAUGUCUCUCCACCCCCCUCGGCCUUAAUUAGCUAGCUAUCGUUUAUUUAGCUACACAAUCGAAAACUGCACACCUCUGAGAACAAGCCAUCUCGACCAGCUUGACCACUAAUUAUGCUAGCUCGCUAGCUAGCUAAUUAUGGGUGAGGGAGGGUGUGGAGGGAGACAUCCGCACAAGCACAGCCAUCCACAUAAGUAGACGCGUGCAAUUAUUGAACUGUGAGGAAUGUACAUGUCAUAAUCGAUCAGAACAGUCAAAACAAUCAGAACGUGAAAAUUGGGAACAUUUUGACAUGACACCCUGCCCCUGAUAAGCUAGAGUAGCUCCACAUUGUUUCCUCCACAGCGUGUGCAGUGCAGCAGCUCCACUACUUGGCUGGGUGCCCCAGAGUUUUUGACACAUGUAUUUCAAUCAGCUCAUUCACUGUUGGCCCAGGAAAUUAAGCCGUCAUUUAAGAUUACUGCCAGCUUGACAAUCGAAAGAGGAUUGCUAAUUAGUUAGUAGGCUAUUUCUCCAUUCUAAAGCCCAGUGCUUUCACUAAUCUUUUGACCACUUCCAGCUUUUAUUUGGAAAAUCUGCUUUCUUUACUGGUUACAGCAUUACUAGGGACAGCGUUAACAUUUGUUUUAAAGGGAGCAGGCCUUCCUAUAACCCUUGAAUGUCACACUAUAUUUAGCCCAGAAUACUAUAUGUACCCACCAGACCUCCACAAGGCUAUUUUCUACACUGUAACCACAAUCUUUCCCCUCUUACAAGAGGCUGUUCUUCUGUCCCUUAACCACAUUCUUCUGCAUAAGCUGAAUUUUAAAUAACUCUGCCCCUGAGCAACAAUAUUAUUGACAAUCUUAGGGGUCGCGUUAAUGCAUCGUGUUUUUCACGCAGAAAAAAAAGAAAACGCAUAAGAAAAAUCUUGCUGUGUUUUGUAAACGCAGAUCUGAAAUGCUUCUUAUUCGUCGUUUCUGCUGGGCUUCAGACUAAUUUUGUGCUUCAGUUGCGCUUCUCCACUCGGAUGAGAAAUCUUGGCUUUCAUUGUCAGACCAAUCAGUUUCCCACAUUCAGGAACUGCCAUUCUAUCAGCAGACAGUGCUCUGACUGACGUGUACCUACUUCUCCCUGUGUUCUUUUCUCCAGUAAAUGCAAAGAUUAACUGGCUACAUUCUUUCUAUGAUAAACAUUAGAAAUAUGAUGGCCAUGCAUUGUUUUUGCAAAAAAAAACUUGCUUUUUCGUUGUAAACUAAUAUACGUGUGGCUGCUAGCCAAAAGUGUGUCGUAAACUAAUAUACGUGGCUGCUAGCCAAAAUAGCGUUGCACUUCGGUUGUCAUCUGAUGAUAAUGAAGCUAUUUUCUGCUGAAUGUGUGCACUGUUUUGUGUGAGCUAUAGUUGCUCACCCCUAAUCACUAUUGAAGCAAAAAAAACACUGACUUUCAAUAUAAAAUGUAGGUGAAAUGGUUUAAAAUGCAGAUAUUGAUGGUCUGCGUUUUCAAAAUGCAGAUUUCUGAAAGCUAUGCAAUCCCUGAAUCUUUUCAGAUUGCCCGCUCAUUCUUUCACUAUUGUUCGAACUCUUCAGAGUAGACGUAUUUUGGGUGCCACUACAUUUAUCUGGUGAUAUUGAUCUCGUCUGCCUGCAGAUUGAUUUACCUGUUGUAAUCUCUGGUGUUAAAGUCCCUUCAGCAGGAUAGUUGAUUGCUCACUUCUGGGAUUGUCUCUGGUUAUUGGUGAUUUCAUGAUGUUUUGUUUUUGACCCUACCUGUACUUUUAAGCUGUGUCAGUCUUGCUAGUAUUGUUCUCUUUUGAAACCAAGGCUAUGUCUUUGAAACAGCAUCUCUGGUAGACUUUGCGCAGAAUGCCGAUGGAACACAAAAGUACGUUUCCUAAUUGUUAAGGCAAGAUUGUCAGAAUGAAAACGUAUCUUGCUUCCAUCAACUACUGUCUAUAGCACUACACAGCUGAUUCAAAUAAUCAAAGCUUGAUGAGUUGCUUAUUUGAAUCAGCUGUGUAGUGCUACUGUCCUGUUGGUUUUCACUCCAACCCUAAUCUAGUGCAUCUGAUUCUAAUAAUUAGCUGGUUGAUAAGCUGAAUGAGGUUAGUUACAACUGGGGUUGGAGUGAACCUACAGGAGGGUAGCUCUCCAGGAACAGGGUUGGAGAACCCUGGUCUAUAGUCUACUGCAGUGUUUUCCAACUCCAUUCCUCAAGUUCCCCCAACAGUACUCAUUUUUAUUGUAGCCCUGGACAAGCACACCUGAUUCAACUUGUUAACUAAUCAUCAAGCGUUGAAUGAGGUAUGUUUGUGCCGGUCUACAACCAAAAUGUGUACUGUUGGGGCUGCUGGAGGACUUACACUGUACUAGUAGUAGCAGGUUUGUUAUAAAGCUGGACGCCUGCUAGGGGAAGCUAUUCCUCCGUAGACUUCUAGAUGUCUCCACUCUCUGUCUGCAGAGAUCAUGUAUCCAUGGCUGUUUUGCCCAAAUCAUUUUACCACCUGCACCACGAGUAAAGUCCAGAGGGCUAAUUUUAAACCACAGUGUCGGGAGAAUAGGACAGUACUUGGAGGGGUUAAGCGGGGACAAGUUGAUUAUUAAAGAGUUAAUGAAUAGUCGCACGGGUGACUGGUGAUGGACUUUCAAAUAGCUAAAUGAUUCAAACGCUAACAUGAUUUGAACCUUUUGUUUGUCAUACGUCCUCUUGCCUUAAUCAUUCUAUUGUCACUAAUGUUUAUUUCACUAAUACGGAGAUGGGGUGGAGAGAAAGUGGUGGAUUGUGGAAAAUGGAGCGAGUAUUAGCUGUCAGCAUGCUUUCAUUAGAGGCUGGUAAUGAAUCAAAAUAGACUGUGAGGGACAGCCAGCUAGAGAGCAGUGCGGCAGCAGCAGCAUGAUAAACCUUAGCCUUUGAUCGUGCUGUAAACGGUGAGUCAUCACCAGCAGCACCUCAUCCCCGCGCACGCAAACACACUGGGGGAGAGAGAGGGAAGACUGCAUUAUACCUCCCUAGCUGGCUGACUGGCUGCCCCUCGACACACUACUUUAACAUGUAAACACACACGCAGAAAUAUGGAUUUAUUACGAGAUACAGUUUGACGCAUACAUAGACACCAGCUAUAAAACGUCCCUUUUUUGAUCUGAAAACGAUCAGUCAAAUGACUGUCAUGGGGUUUACGUUAUAGGCUAAUUGCUGUAAGUAGGCUUAGAGCAGCAGCGCAAUAUUCUAGUGUAUUGCUCGCUACUUGUUGUUCUGUGGGGUGAAUUCCGGCAUGCUAUCUCCACCAGGAGUUUGAUGUAAUGCGAAUGUGAAUAGAGUGGUCUUGACGUGGCCAAAUUGCCCUAUCUCUUGUACUUGAAAUAUUACACUGGAUGUUCCAGUAGCACCUUCAAAAGUUGAUUCUGACAGCUCCUUCUGGCAGAGAAUCGUAUCUCAGCAGGUGUGCAUGCCCCCUCUCCUCCCUUGUAUCCUUCAAUCUCCUCGCCCUUCUCUAUUCUAUCUUUCACUCUCCUCUCCUUCUCCACCCCACUGCUGCUCUGCAAUGCUGACUAAUUACCCACUGCUACAUGUGAUGUCAUUGCACAGUGCUUGCCUGCAGACUGUGAGCCCUUGCUGGCCCUUCUGCUGCUGUUCAGUCUCCAUUCAUUAGACUGGGAGCCUCAGCCUCCCGACUGACUCCCUACAGCUUGCCUACAGCCUCCCAGUCUAGUCUCCCACUCUUCAUUAGUCCAUGUCUGUCUGUCUCUAGCUAUCUCUCAUCUCUCUCUGUUGCGCUCUCUAUUUCUGCUCCUAGAGCCUGCUUAUAACCUCCCAAUCUAUCUCCCAGAUCACUAUUGAUUAGUCUCUUCUCUCUCUGUCAUUCUCUGUCUCCCUCUGACUCUCUGCCUCCACAGUUCAGUCAGUCAGUACGCUUAAAUAUAGGUCGAAAAGCCACAUCAAAUGUAUGAAAAGUAUUUUGAAUGUGACCGCCCUCCUUUGCCUGUGGAGAGCAGGCAUUUGAAUGAGCUGCACGGCAAGCGAAAUGCUCUCUGUGCACACAAAUGAAUGGGUCCACAGAGCAGUCGGGCCUUGUCACGUUGAAUAAGGUGAGACAAUGAUAGGGCCUUGCUGUGACUGUCUGAAUGUAAAAAUGAUCACUGCAUCUCCAGUUAUCAAUCUGUGUAUUCAAUCACUGGCGGGGGAAAGUCACUUGUGUGAUUUGUCUUAAUAACAUGUAGGUUUUCUGACUGUCCUCAAUUAUAUAUAUUUUUUUUAUAUAUCCUGGAAUUCUACCCUUAAAAUCUGAGAGCGUAGCUCCGGUUGACUUAUUUUGCAGAAGUAGAAUGUGUAUUGUCGCCGGGUGGCAUUGUUGUCUUAUAGUGUGUUUAUUUGGAACUGCACGGCCUGUCAGAAACACUGAUGCCCUGUGGGUGCUUGUUUUCAGGAGCCCUGCGACAGAAUACGGCUCUCUGACCUACCUCAAUCUAUUCUGUCUUUCUGGUCCUGGCUCUUUUCAUUUAAUUAAUUCACCAAAUGUCUACAUGCAUCGUUGUCGAUGAGGUUAAUGAGGCAUUGGAUAUUACCAUUCUUUUCCAGAGUUGGUGGUUGUGGUAAUGGUUGUCAAAAAUAAAUGUCAACGGUACUAAGAAAAUGUAAAAACACAAAUGCACUGGCUUAAUCUAAUUCCAUCUCUCUCUUUUCCCCCAGGUUUAAGUGGGCAGCCCGCAGACAUCGACAAAAGAAAAGAAGUGUUCGGGCAGAACUUAAUACCUCCGAAAAAGCCCAAAACAUUUCUUCAAUUAGUUUGGGAAGCAUUACAAGACGUAACACUGAUUAUCCUGGAAGUGGCAGCCAUAGUUUCAUUAGGCCUUUCUUUCUAUAGACCUCCAGAUGCCGAACGAGAACGUAAGCAACACCUAUUUACCUCUUCUACUUGAUGCCUAGGCAGUAAUGGAGGUAACUCAGUGGUUUUCUGACCAUCCUGUGCUGGCUCUGAUGUUUUCUUUUUAAAUCGGAGCACUUCGGAUUGGCCUGAUAGUUUAUAAACCACCUACAGUGACUUCAGAAAGUAUUCACACCCUUUUUUUUUUUGUUAACGAUCUAAAUAAAAUGCCCCAAACAUAACGCUUUGUAUUCAGGACAUAAGUUAAUUUCUUUGCCACAUUUUUUACAGUUUUACUUUAGUGCCUUAUUGCAAACGGGAUGCAUGUUUGGAAUAUUUAUAUUCUGUACAGGCUUCCUUCUUUUCACUCUGUCAUUUAGGUUAGUAUUGUGGAGUAACUACAAUGUUGAUCAAUCCUCAGUUUUCUCCUAUCGCAGCCAUUAAACUCUGUAACUGUUUUAAAGUCACCAUUGGCCUCAUCGUGAAAAUCCUGAGCGUUUUCCUUCCUCUCCGGAAACUGAAUUAGGAAAGACACCUGUAUCUUUGUAGUGACUGGGUGUAUUGAUACACCAUCCAAAGUGUAAAACUUCACCAUGCUCAAAGGGAUAUAUAAUGUCUGCUUUUUUAUUGUUAUUUGACCCAUCUACCAAUAGGUGCCCUUCUUUGCGAGGCAUUGGAAAACCUCCCUGGUCUUUGUGGUUGAAUCUGUGUUUGAAAUUCACUGCUCAACUGAGGGACCUUACAGAUAAUUAUAUGUAUGUAUGGGGUACAGAGAUGAGGUAGUCAUUCAAAUAUCAUAUUAAACACUAUUAUUGCAUACAGUGAGUCCAUGCAACUGAUUAUGUGACUUGUUAAGCAAAUCUUUACUUAUUUAGGCUUGUCAUAACAAUGGGGUUGAAUACUUAUUGACUCAAGACAUUUCAGCUUCUCAUUUUUCAUUUAAUUUCUGAAAACAUAAUUCCCCUUUGACAUUAUGGAGUAUUGUGUGUAGGCCAGUGACACAAUCUCAAUUGAAUCAUAAACAAUUCCAGGCUGCAACACAACCAAAUGUGGAUGAAGUCAAGGGGUGUGAAUACUUUCUGAAGGCACUGUAGGUGUCCAAUGUACUGCACUGAGUAGUUGUAUUUGUAUUUGACUUAAAUUCACUGCAGAGGGAUAGUUUAUUUAAAAUAAAUUCUGCAGCUGGGCCUAUUACUAUUUAAUAACCAUUUACAUCAACAUUUAAUGAUGUGUGUUCAGAUUGUGUCUGUUAGUCACCUGGCGGUCUAUCCCUGUAACUGUGUGCUUUGAUCCGUCUGCAGACUGUGGGAGCGCAGCUGGAGGGGUGGAGGACGAUGGCGAGGCGGAGGCGGGCUGGAUCGAGGGCGCCGCCAUCCUGCUGUCGGUCGUCUGCGUGGUGCUGGUGACGGCGUUUAACGACUGGAGCAAAGAGAAGCAAUUCCGUGGCUUGCAGAGCCGCAUCGAACAAGAGCAGAAGUUUGCCGUUGUCCGCGGCGGCCAAGUCAUCCAAAUCCCCGUGGCUGAGAUUGUGGUCGGCGACGUUGCACAGAUAAAAUACGGUAAGAGGCGUCUCUUGUUGCAUCCAAAUGGCACCUUAUUCCCUAUAUAAGAGCACUACUUUUGACCCGAGCCCUAUGGGCCCACUACAUAGUACAUAGGGUGACGUUUGGGACCCAAUUAUCAGUUAUUGGCGAGGAUGAAUUGACCAGAGCGUGUAAUGUUUUCUGCGUUCAUCCACGUCUUUUGAAUUCAUAAAGGACUAUUUAUUCUCCUGUUUGUGUGUCCCAGGUGAUCUCCUACCCUCGGACGGUAUUCUUAUUCAAGGAAAUGAUCUCAAAAUCGACGAGAGCUCCCUCACGGGGGAGUCGGACCACGUCAAGAAAACGCUGGAUAGAGACCCCAUGCUGUUGUCAGGUAGCUGUCCUAUUCUUGUUCUUCUGCCUUGUUUUAUACUAUGAAGCUCAUGUGGUUGUAGUUCAGUUACCAGGCCUAGAUUUGUCCCCACCCCUAAUAGUGGAAUAAACAAUUUUUGCAACUGGAAUAUAAGGCCUUUGAUAGAUGAUCUUACUUUGUCUUGGAAUGGGGUAUGCAGGCAGUAUCCAGCAAUAUUCUGAGCUGGAGUCCAGCAGUACUGUCAGGGAUCGCGUUAAUGUAGAAUUCUGCAAAAAAGAACACACACAAAAAACGCAUACCAAAUAUCUUGCUGCAUUUUUUAAAACGCAGAUCUGAAAUGCUGCUUGUUGUAAUUUCUGCUCGGUGUCAGACUGUUGUGCUUCAGUUGCACUUCUCCACUCUGAUGUGAAUUCACAAAUGGCUUUCUAUCAGCAAACAGCGCUCUGACUGAUGUGUUGCUACUUUUCUCUGGUACUUUUCUUGGUGUAGCCUACUUUUCUCAGGUAAUAUGCAAUGUGAUGGUCUGCGUUUUGAAAAUGCAGAUUUCUGAACUCUAAUACAACCCCUGACUGUGGACUUGAUGGUGUAGGUCCAGGACUACUUGAGCACUGUGAAAUAUAUAGACCUCUAAACCCUGUUUUUAUUUUGCCGUCUGAGGGUAUUGCUUGUCUUAUCCCUAAUACCAUUUUAUGAAAGCAAGUUGAUCCUUUAAUAAAAUGGCACUUCCUUGGUCAGAUCCCCAAGGAGGGGAUUUAAAAAGUGCUUGUUUGCCUCUCCCAGCCCCCUGUGGUCUCACCUCCAAGAGAGCCUGUCUGCAUUUAGUCUGCAUCAUCAUCAUCUUCCCACCCAGCUCAGACCAGCCCCUGCCUCUGUUCUGAUAGAGAAAUACAGCCUAAUUAACACAGGCAUGGGGGAGCUCUUAAUGCACUUCUUCCUCCCUCUCUGUCUCUGUGUCUCUCUCUCUCUCACUGUCUCUCUGUUCUCAGUCAGUUGUGGGCAUUAAACUCUGGAGAAAGCUACUGUUGUGUUGUGGGGCUCAUGUUCCCAUUAAUUCACUAAGGCUCACAAUUGGCUUUUGAUUAAAAGCUGGGAGUGUGCAAAUGUGUUAGUGCUGUCAUCCAGGACGAGUAUUUGAGGCUUGACUCUGCUUUUGAAAUGUAAUUCCAAAACGUGAUACACUUUAUUAAGUUUGUAUGCGCUCAUAUUUAGCUGUAAAAAUAAGCCUACAGUUUUUCAUAUUUAGCUGUAAAUAGGCCUACAGUUUUUCCCGUCAGAUUUACUCACAAUGACCACAGGCUCCCGAAUCUGGACCCAGGACUGGAAACACCCAAAUAUUCCUUACUAUCAGUACCAAUUUAUAGCAGACAAAUGAAGCCGUGAGCAACAGAGCUAGGCAGGCUGCCUGCACUUUCCAUGUAAUUGUAACGGGAAUGUUGACGUCUGUAGCGUUAGCUAAGUAAUAGUCAGGGGAACACCUGGCAUUUACACUGUAGCAUUAGCUAGGCGCCUGACUUUCUAGCCUACCUCACCCUACCUCUCCUCUCUAUCUGCGGGCAGGCACAAACAUCAUGCUAAUCUGUAUCCCCCAGGUUUACUCACUUUACCACGGGAAUCAACAUCCAGGACUGCUAACACCCACAUUCCCCACUCCCCAUAGAAUUGGACUAUAAUGGAAAAUGUCUACAUGGCUUUAGCUAAGUAAUAGUAAGGAAAACCCUGGCAGAGGCCUAUACAGUGUAAGCAUCAGUUGUAUGUCUAUGGCGGCGCUACCUCACCCCCCCCUUAUCUGUUUUCCCUCUGCAGGCACCCACGUCAUGGAGGGCUCCGGCAAAAUGCUGGUCACGGCCGUGGGUGAGAACUCUCAAACUGGAAUAAUCUUCGCUUUACUGGGCGCCUCGGAGGAUGACGAGGAUGACGAGGAGGAGAAGGAGGCCAAGAAGAAGGAGAAGAAGGAGAAGAAGGAGAAGAGAAGUACGUUGACAUUUGAGAGCGCGUGGAAUCCAUUCAUGAUUCACAGUGUGCAAGGCAGAGCAUCAUCUACAGUUUUCUCUCUACCCACGCUUUUUACAAUUAUUUUAUUAUGCCUUUGCCCGUUGCACAAAGAAUGGAGUUUUUCUCUCAACAGUCUUUUGUUGAAUUUCUAUAGAUGCAGUUGAUGUGCAGAGAAGUGUGAGGAAGCGGAGUCAGACAGGUAGAGAAUCAGUGGCGCCACUACUCACUCACACAGCAGAGCAGACUGCACUGAGCUGACAGAGGAGAGUGAGGGUUUGAACUAGAGCUAAGCUGAGGAAGGGCUGAGCACAGGUCAGGUCUCAGCUGUGGUGGAACUUAUUUUGGGAGAGCUGCUGCUUCAAUGGGAAUAGUUAGCAAGGCUUUACUUUAGCACUUGCUGCCGUGUUCAAUGCUGCUGUGCCUGUGAAGUCCACAGCCUUGUAUUGAGUGCUUGCAGCUCACGAUGCAGUAUAUGAGGUUAGGUGUUCGUUGUACAUAUAGCGCAGUGCUUUCUGGCAUUCUUUGUUGAGCAAUUGUAGUUCUAUUCAAUCAAGGCCGUGUGUGUGUGUGUGUACACUACAAGACCAAAAGUAUGUGGACACCUGCUGGUCGAACAUCUCAUUCCAAAAUCAUGGGCAUUAAUAUGGAGUUGUUCCCCCCUUUGCUGCCAUAACAGCCUCCUCUCUUCUGGGAAGGCUUUCCACUAGAUUCCGGAACAUUGUUGUGGGGACUUGCUUCGAUUCAGCCACAAAGAGCAUUCGUGAGGUUGGGCACUGAUGUUGGGCGAUUAGGCCUGGCUCGCAGUCUGCGUUUCAAUUCAACCCAAAGGUGUUCGAUGGGGUUGAGGUCAGUGCUCUGUGCAGGCCAGUCAAGUUCUUCAACACUAAUCUCGACAAACCAUUUCUGUAUGGACCGUGCACGGGGGUAUUGUCAUGCUGAAACAGAAAAGGGCCUUCUGUCAUUGUAUGCUGUAGCAUUAAGAUUUUACAUCACUGGAACUAAGGGGCCUAGCCCGAACCAUGAAAAACAGCCUCAGACCAUUAUUCCGUCUUCCACCAAACUUUACAGUUGGCACUAUGCAUUGGAGCAGGUGGCGUUCUCCUGGCAUCCACCAAACCCAGAUUUGUCCGUUGGACUGCCAGAUGGUGAAGCGUGACUUGUCACUCCAGAGCACUCGUUUCCACUGCUCCAGAGUCAAUGGCGGCGAACUUUACACCACUCCAGCCGACGCUUGGCAUUGCGCAUGAUGAUCUUAGGCUUGUGUGCGGCUGCUCGGCCAUGGGAACCCAUUUCAUGAAGCUCCCGACGAACAGUUCUUGUGUUGACAUUGCUUUCAGAGGCAGUUUGGAAUUCGGUAGUGAGUGUUGCAACCGAGGACAAACGAUUUUUACACGCUUCAGCACUUGGCGGUCCCGUUCUGUGAGCUUGUGUGGCCUACCACUUCACGGGCUGAGCCGUUGUUGCUCCUAGACGUUUCCACUUCACAAUAACAGCACUUACAGUUGACCGGGCAUACAUUUGACGAACUGACUUGUUGGAAAGGUGGCAUCCUAUGACGGUUCCACGUUGAAAGUCACUGAGCUCUUCAGUAAGGCCAUUCUACUGCCAAUGUUUGUCUAUGGAGAUUGCAUGGCUGUGUGCUCGAUUUUAUACACUUGUCAGCAACGGGUGCGGCUGAAAUAUCAGAAUCCACUAAUUUAAAGGUGUGUCUACAUACUUUUAUGUGUAUGUGUGCAUACGUUUCGGUUUUGAAACAAGUUAAUAUACUAUAGUAGGAUGUGGAUCAAUUUAUGUAGUUUAUGGCUUUCGGUGUGUUUUGUGUAUGAUGAAAGUGGCUGGCUGUAGUUCUAUCGUGUGUGUGUGUGUGUGGACCUGUUUGGUAUGGGUAGAAAUUACCUGUUGGCUGGAGGAGCUGAUUUACAAUUUGCAUGUCAUAAUGCAACCCCAGCACUCAUCUGUUUGGCUUCAUAAAAAUUAUUGCCGUCUCUCACGGUAUCAAAUCAAAAUGGGAGAUUUUGAUUUUAAGUUGGUGUUCAGAAUUGCAGCUGUUUGCAAAUUGCUUCCCAAUAGGUGACUGACUCUGUUCUUCUCGAUUUUGCUUUCCAUCCACAGAGCAAGAUGGAGCAGCCGAAAACCGCAAGAAAGGUGAGUCUAACAGGCCGGAGUUCUUUUCAUUUCCUUUCGACUUGGUUGCGCGCUGCUACUGUACCUUGAUCUGUUUCGCUCUAUAUUAAUGCCAUCUCCAUAGCCCAUUUAACAGUAUUGGAUUUUAGUUUAACCUUGACCUGUCGCUUAGCCUGGUGUCAGUAGUAGUAGCUUAACCAGUGUCAGGUUGUGUUUCCCCAUGCUACUCUGUGGCCUUGUGGGUCAGAGCUUGCGUGCCGGUGACUGGUCCAUUCAUUGUCUGGUCUGGGCCAGCAUGUUCCCUUCUCUCUCUCCAUUCUCCCUCUGUCUCUCUCUCUCUCUCUCCCUCUCUUUUCCUUGUCCCUCUCCUGCACUGAGCGACAGGUGCUGUUGAAUCCAGAUCUGAGGAGCCCUGUAACCAUCCUGAGGGAAGAGCAUCUGCUUUUUGCCCUUCUAGCUUCUUUCUUUUUUUUCUUUCUGUCUGUCUGUCCAAUCUGAACCAUUCAUUCUAUAGUACUCAGACCUUGUCAGCUAUUCAGCGUCAUGCUGUUGUACGACUAUGAGACCCAGCUCUCUAAACUCCAUUGUCACCCACUGUCUACAGAGCGGCAGCCAUGCUGUUAGCUAGCCUGAGCCUGUUAAUUGAGGUCCUGGUGGCGGUCCUUUGAUUCUCUGUCUGCCAGGAGGGAGCAGAAUAAUCCCUCAGUCUGGGGUUACAGGCUGUGUAAAUGCAGAACACACCACCCCAGAAUAAUCCCUCAGUCUGGGGUUACAGGCUGUGUAAAUGCAGAACACACCACCCCAGAAUAAUCCCUCAGUCUGGGGUUACAGGCUGUGUAAAUGCAGAACACACCACCACAGAAUAAUCCCUCAGUCUGGGGUUACAGGCUGUGUAAAUGCAGAACACACCACCCCAGAAUAAUCCCUCAGUCUGGGGUUACAGGCUGUGUAAAUGCAGAACACACCACCUGGGAAUAUCAUGGCACCCAUCCUGUACACGCUGGCUGUGUGGCUCCUGGCAUCAGCAAGGGAUGAGCCUGGGGAUAGACUCGACUGGCGAUUCUAUAACGACUGUUCAGUCAGUCAAGGGCUGGGAGAGAGACAUACAGUAUAUAAUGAGUGUUCAGUCAGUCCAGGGUUGGGAGAGAAAGACUGAGAUGAAGCCGACACAGGUAUCCUCCCCUGCAGUGCUAGCUCUGGCAGGGCCAGAGAUAAUGAUUUUAUCAUUGGGAGAGAUGGGUUAGAGAUCAGCCCUGCUGGCCCGCCUGCCCGCUGUCGUCUUCUAGGUUACUUGGUCAGAUGAGUCAAGGUGUCUGUUGGCAUUGUCCAACCCGGGAGGGAGAGACUGAGGGAGAGACUGAGGGAGAGACUGAGGGAGAGACUGAGGGAGAGACUGAGGGAGAGACUGAGGGAGAGACUGAGGGAGAGACUGAGGGAGAGACUGAGGGAGAGACUGAGGGAGAGACUGAGGGAGAGACUGAGGGAGAGACUGAGGGAGAGACUGAGGGAGAGACUGAGGGAGAGACUGAGGGAGAGACUGAGGGAGAGACUGAGGGAGAGACUGAGGGAGAGACUGAGGGAGAGACUGAGGGAGGGAGCCUUUAGAGGAAUUGAAGUGGUGUCUGUCUGGCUACUGUAACAGUGGAUUCCACAGAUCCCAGGGCUGCUGCUCUCUGAGUGGGAAUAUGGUAAUUUGAUUAAUUUUACAUUUACAUUUUAGUCAUUUAGCAGAUGCUCUUAUUCAGAGCGACUUACAGUAAGUGAGUGCAUACAUUUUUUUAUUUUUUCAUACUGAUUCCUACCAAAGCCUAAUUACAUUUUUGGACCGGACUCAUAAUUGCAAUGACAUUUAACCCAAGUUCCCUUCAAAAGCACUCCUCUGCGAAUCGAAGCCAAAGCCAAAAUAAAACAUUUGCAAAAAAUAUGGCACCCUCUCAAGUCUCUUUGAAAAUCACUCCGUAUUGAAUCACACUAAAGGACUGGAGAGAUGUAGCUACUUGCCAUUGAUUUUCCAACUUGCUUAUCUCAACCCCGCCCCCCUCAAGGCUUCUAUGUCCAAAGUUUUUUUGCUUUAACAGUUGUGCAGUGACUUGCUUUUUUAAAUGAACGUGCAAGAAUUAGAAGGUAAUCAGCUUGUGGUCAGUAGGCACGAAACAGGGAAUGUUUUGAAAUAGAAAAAUUACAAUGGGCCAUUUGAUUGUACGUUGUACCAAUAAACCCAUAGUAAAUCCUGUUUCAAGCCUUUGUUUGGUUCUCCUAUGACAUACCAUAGCAAAACUCAUAGUGUCCCGCAGAGUUACUUGGUCGAUAGUCGGGAGCUGAGACUGAGAGAACCGGAGGAAGACAUGAAAGAGGACGAAUGAGGCUGGAGACUGAGGAGAUGAGCUGAGGAAGCUUGGAGGACUAGGGGGGUAGGAAGACUAAGUAGAUCAGCCUAGAGGCUGAUGGCUAAAGUCUGCUUAGGAGACUUAGAGACCUUAGAGGAAUUCAUGUGUUCUACUUAACAGUGAUUACAAUGGCUUGUCUGAGUAUGUAUUUGUUUUUGUUUUUUCUUUAACCGAUGCCAUGCACAGCAUUACGUAGUGAUACUUCUUAUACUUUUCAUACUUUGCAAACCAAUCAGUUUGACGAUAACCAAGCUCCACCUAGUAUUCGCGAGUCCUCCUCGAUCCCCCCUCCCUGCUUCCCCCCUACUCACGAGCCGCCUAUGAAUGCACCCCUAACCGACGAGUCAUACCAGCUUGGUAUAUCCAACUUUGGGUCCAUCUCACACCCCUAGGCAGUCAUUGCAAACGGUCAGGACUGACUACUACUCAACUAGUCCUUGCGUCCGAACAUUUUUUGCUGAUCGCUUGAGUCUACGCUCUUCCCCCAGUCGCUUCAACGCUGUGCUCUUCGGCCACUGACAUGGCAAGAGGCAGAAGGCAUGCUAUCUACUCAGUGACUCUUUACCUCCAACUUGUAGUCUUGUCGCUACUCUGGUUCCACUCCUCUCUUGCUGUCGCUCGAGCGUUCUCCUUUGCUUUCUCUUAGGGUCUCCUUCUCUCCAAGCGGUCUCACUCUCCCUCCCCUCUCUCUCCCCUUCAGCUAAGUCUCGCUCUCUCCCUCGAUUCACGCCCCCCCUCUCGUCCGCGGUCCAUCUCUAUGACGGUCCGCUUCCUCCGCCCCUCUCUCUGGCUGCGGUCUCUUCUCUCCUUCAUCUCUCUUGCUGUCUCGCUCUCUCCCCUCUUGCGUCUUCGCGUCUCCUCUCCCCCCGCUCCUCAGCUCUCUUUCGCGUCCUUGCGGCUCUCUCUCCUCUCUCUCCCUCCUCUCUCUUGCGGUCUCCUCUCUCUCUCUCUUGCGGUCUCUCCUCUCCCUCUCCUGCCUCUCCUCUCUGCUUCUCGUCUCUCUCCUCCUCUCUCUCUUGCGCGUCUCGCUCUCCCCUCUCUCUUGCGGUCUCGCUCUCCCUCUUGCUUCUAUGCGUCUCGCCUCCUCUCUGCGUCUCCUCUCCCCCUGGUCUCGCGUCUCUCUCGGUCCUCCUCCUCUCCCCCGGUCUCCUCUCUCCCGUCAUCGCCUCUCGCUCUCUCCCCUCUGGUCCCCUUCUCGCUCCUCUCCCCCCCUUCUGCGGUUCGUCUCUCUCCCCCCUCUCUCGCGGUUGCUCUCUCUCUUGCGUCUGCCUCUCCUCCCCUCUCUCGCGUCUCGCUCUCUCUCUCUCUCUCUCUCUCUUCGCGGUCUCGCUCUCUCUCUCCCUUCGGUCUCCUCUCUUGCUCUGCUCUCCUCUCUCUUGCGGUCCCUCCUCUCUCUCUUGCGGUCUCGCUCUCUCUCUCCUCUCUUCGUCUCGCUCUCUCCCUCUCUCUCUCGCUCUCGCUUCUCUUCCGGUCUCGGUCUCUGCUCCUCCUCUCUCUCGCGUCGCUCUCUCUCCCCUCUCUCUUGCGGUCUCGCUCUCCUCCCCUCUCUCUCUCUUGCGUCUCGCUCUCUCUUCUUUUGCGGUCUCCCUCUCUCUCUCUCUUCGGUCGCUCCUCCUCUCUCUCUCUUGCGGUCUCGCUCUUCCCCUCUCUUUGCGGUCUCUCUCUCUUCUGCGGUCUCUCUCUCUCUCUUGCGGCUCCGCUCUCUCUCUCUUGCGGUCUCGCUCUCUCUCUCCUUGCGUCUCGUCUCUUCGCGGUCUCGCGCUCCUCCUCUCUUUGCGGUCUCUCUCUUCUCUCGCUCUCUCUGCGCUCGCGCUCUUCUCUGCGUCUCUCUCCCCCCCUCUCUUGCGGUCUCUCUCUCCCCCUCUCUUUGCGCUCUCUCCCCCCUCUCUCGCGGUCUCUCCCCUCUCUUCUGCGGCUCUUCGCUCCUCCCCUCUCUCGCGGUCUCUCUCUCCCCUCCUCUUCUCCUCUCUCCUCUCCCCUCUCCUCUCUUCGCGGUCUCUCUCUCCCCCUCUCCUCUCUUGCUCUCGCGCUCUCUCUACCUCGCUCUCCCCCCCUCUCUCCGGUCUUCUCGCUCUCUCUCUCUCCCCCCUCUCUCUCUUCGCGGUCUUCUCCGCCUCUCCCCCCCUCUCUUCCGUCGGCUCUCGCGUCUCUCUCCCCUCUCUCUUGCGUCUCGCUCUCCCUCCCCCCUUCUCUCGCGGUCUCGCUCUCUCUCUGCGGUCCUCGCUCUCUCUCCUGCGGUCUCGCUUCUCUCUGCGGUCUCGCUUCUCUCCCUCUCCCUCUCUCUGCGGUCUCGCUCUCUCUCCCUCUUGCUCCCUCUCGCCCUCCUCUCUCUUGCGGUCUCGCGCUCUCUCUCUUGCGGUCUCGCUCUCUCUCUCUUGCGGUCUCGCUCUCUCUCUUGCUCUCGCUCUCUCUCUUGCGGUCUCGCUCUCUCUCUCUUGCGGUCUCGCUCUCUCUUGCGGUUCUCUUCUCUCCUCCCUCUCCCUCGGGCUCGUCUCUCUCUCCCAUCCUCUCUCUUCGCUCUCGUCUCUCUCCCCCCUUCUCUGCGGUCUGGUCUCUCUCUAGCUCUACCCCCCUCUCGCGGUCGCUCUCUCCUCCCCUUUUCUCUCUUCUCAGCUUCGCUCUCUCUCUCCCCCCUCUCUCGCUCUUCUCUCUCUCUCUCCCCCCUCUCUCUCUCGCGGUCUCGCUCUCUCUCUCCCCCCUCUCUCUCUUGUGGUAUCGCUCUCUAGGUUCUGGUCUACUCUGUAGUCUAGUAGGAAGACCUGGGGUGCGUUCAUUACGUCUUGCAUCGGAAACCGUUUAAGAACCAAACGGAAGCAAACAGAACAAAACAGGGAGGGACGUACCUUAAUUUGACCAAUAGAAACUAUAGUUUUGGUUGCAAAACAUUUUCUGUUGAAAGUAAAAAGUUUGGCGUAUUGAUUACACCCCUGUUGAUUAUAUUGUGGAUGAUGAGUCUCACUAUUGUGUCCUCUCUAGGCCUGGUGAUGUCAGCCAUCACUGUCAUCAUCCUGGUGGUGCUGUUCGUGGUGGACACCUUCUGGGUGCAGGGCCUGCCCUGGCACAAGGACUGCACGCCCAUCUACGUCCAGUUCUUUGUCAAGUUCUUCAUCAUCGGCGUCACCGUGCUGGUGGUGGCUGUCCCCGAGGGUCUUCCCCUGGCCGUCACCAUCUCCCUGGCCUACUCCGUCAAAGUAGGUUCCGCCUCAGGGUCUGCGGCACAAACACUAUACCAGACAAUAAGCCAUUUUAUUGGUUCUAGUGUCUGUUAGGGCUGGGCGAUUAUAUCAAAUUAAUGUUUUAAUGCGAUGUUCCGAAUGCCUGUAUUGCAAGAGGUUAGGUUUUUAUUUUUUGUUCGUUUUUUUAUGAGCAUUCUGUCUUUUUGGUCUCAUCUCCUUCGCUCCUUCUGUGCUGUGUGCACAGUGCAACUUCCCACUCGCACACAGACACCAAGCCCAUCCCCCUGCCACUCACUACAAAGACGAAAGAUGAACUAAUUGUUCUUUAUUUUUAGUCAUUUUAGCAGACGCUCUUAUCCAGAGCGACUUAGUUAGUGAGUGCAUACAUUUUUUCAUACUGGCCCCCCGUGGGAAACGAACCCACAAUCCUGGCGUUGCAAGCACCAUGCUCUACCAGCUGGCUAGUCUUGGUUUUUAUAAAUGUGCAAUGAGCAUAGAAAAAGAGGCCCUGUGUAGCUCAGUUGGUAGAGCAUGGUGCUUGCAACGCCAGGGUUGUGGGUUCGUUUCCCACGGGGGGCCAGUAUGAAAAAAUGUAUGCACUCACUAACUGUAAGUCGCUCUGGAUAAGAGCGUCUGCUAAAAUCACUAAAAAUAAAGAAAAUUGCCAACUCGUUCUCAUUCUGAGAAAUAACCAUCUUCUUAUCCAGGUAGGCCACGUGAUUUCAACAUACAGUAUAAACAAGGUGAACAGGCUUGUUGUUCAAACAGUUGGAGAUGAACAGGAGGGUCUAUUUAUAACAGUUCAACUGUUCUACCUUGUUAGCUAGCAAAUAGAUCCAAGUUGGCUAGACUUUAAAUAUAAAGAUUAGCUGGCUACUCACUAGCACGUGGGCUUGUGCUUGAGAUUGUUAAUGAGACCUGUGUUCGUUUUCUAUAAUGUCUGUUACAAGAAGUUGGUCAUUAUUAGUGGAUGUGCAUGGUUAAAUUUGUUAGUUUUUUAAAAACAUUUUCAUAGACUUAAGUCAGAUCAGUGAUUAUUGCAAAAAAACAAGUUAAACUAUUUGUAUUAAAUUAUUAGUGGGUCUAAUGGUUGUGGAAGGCUUAUAUUUAGCCUAGGUAUAAUUAGAUUAUUCCUGAUUGUUUGAAAUGCAGUGAAUCGACCUUUAAUAGUGCAACAAAGCUUAUUUUGAGAACUUUUUUAUAUAUAUAUACACUACCGGUCAAAAGUUUUAGAACAUCUACUCAUUCAAGGAUUUUUCUUUAUUUUUACUAUUUUCUACAUUGUAAAACUAUGAAAUAACACAUAUGGAAUCAUGUACAGUCGUGGUCAAAAGUUUUGAGAAUGACACACAUUACAUUUCACAGUCUGCUGCCUCAGUUUUUAUGAUGGCAAUUUGCAUAUACUCCAGAAUGUUAUGAAGAGUGAUCAGAUGAAUUGCUAUUAAUUACAAAGUCCCUCUUUGCCAUGAAAAUCAACUCAAUCCCCAAAAAACAUUUCCACUGCAUUUCAGCCCUGCCACAAAAGGACCAGCUGACAUCAUGUCAGUGAUUCUCUAGUUAACACAGGUGAGUGUUGACGAGGACAAGGCUGGAGAUCACUCUGUCAUGCUGAUUGAGUUAGAAUAACAGACUGGAAGCUUUAAAAGGAGGGUGGUGCUUGAAAUCAUUGUUUUUCCUCUGUUAACCAUGGUUACCUGCAAGGAAACACGUGCCGUCAUCAUUGCUUUGCACAAAAAGGGCUUCACAGGCAAAGAUGUUGCUGCUAGUAAGAUUGCACCUAAAUCAACCAUUUAUCGGAUCAUCAAGAACUUCAAGGAGAGAGGUUCAAUUGUUGUGAAGAAGGCUUCAGGGCGCCCAAGAAAGUCCAGCAAGCGCCAGGACCGUCUCCUAAAGUUGAUUCCGCUGCGGGAUCAGGGCACCACCAGUGCAGAGCUUGCUCAGGAAUGGCAGCAGGCAGGUGUGAGUGCAUCUGCACGCACAGUGAGGCGAAGACUUUUGAAGGAUGGCCUGGUGUCAAGAAGGGCAGCGAGGAAGCCACUUCUCUCCAGGAAAAACAUCAGGGACAGACUGAUAUUCUGCAAAAGGUACAGGGAUUGGACUGCUGAGGACUGGGGUAAAGUCAUUUUCUCUGAUGAAUCCCCUUUCCGAUUGUUUGGGGCAUCCGGAAAAAAGCUUGUCCGGGGAAGACAAGGUGAGCGCUACCAUCAGUCUUGUGUCAUGCCAACAAUAAAGCAUCCUGAGACCAUUCAUGUGUGGGGUUGCUUCUCACCCAAGGGAGUGGGCUCACUCACAAUUUUGGCUAAGAACACAGCCAUGAAUAAAGAAUGGUACCAACACAUCCUCCGAGAGCAACUUUUCCCAACCAUCCAAGAACAGUUUGAUGACGAACAAUGCCUUUUCCAGCAUGAUGGAGCACCUUGCCAUAAGGCAAAAGUGAUAACGAAGUGGCUCGGGGAACAAAACAUCGACAUUUUGGGUCCAUGGCCAGGAAGCUCCCCAGACCUUAAUCCAAAUGAGAACUUGUGGUCAAUCCUCAAGAGGCGGGUGGACAAACAAAAACCCACAAAUUCUGACAAACUCCAAGCAUUGAUUAUGCAAGAAUGGGCUGCCAUCAGUCAGGAUGUGGCCCAGAAGUUAAUUGACAGCAUGCCAGGGCGGAUUGCAGAGGUCUUGAAAAAGAAGGGUCAACACUGCAAAUAUUGGCUCUUUGCAUAAACUUAAUGUAAUUGUCAAUAAAAGCCUUUGACACUUAUGGAAUGCUUGUAAUUAUACUUUAGUAUACCAUAGUAACAUCUGACAAAAAUAUCUAAAAACACUGAAGCAGCAAACUUUGAAGACCAAUACUUGUGUCAUUCUCAAAUCUUUUGACCAUGACCGUAGUAACCAAAAAAGUGUUAAACAAAUAAAAAUAUUUCAUAUUUGAGAUUCUUCAAAUAGCCACCCUUUGCCUUGAUGACAGCUUUGCACACUCUUGGCAUUCUCAACCAGCUUCACCUGGAAUGCUUUUCCAACAGUCUUGAAGGAGUUUCCACAUAUGCUGAGCACUUGUUGUCUGCUUUUCCUUCACUCUGCGGCCGACUCAUCCCAAACCAUUUCAAUUUGGUUGAGGUCGGGGGAUUGUGGAAGCCAGGUCAUCUGAUGCAGCACUCCAUCACUCUCCUUCUUGGUAAAAUAGCCCUUACACAGCCUGGAGGUGUGUUGGGUCAUUGUCCUGUUGAAAAACAAAUGAUAGUCCCACUAAGCCCAAACCAGAUGGAAUGGCGUAUCGCUGCAGAAUGCUGUGGUAGCCAUGCUGGUUAAGUGUGCCUUGAAUUCUAAAUAAAUCACAGACAGUGUCACCAGCAAAACAUCCCCACACCAUAACACCACCUCCUCCAUGCUUUACGGUGGGAAAAUACACAUGCGGAGAUCAUCCGUUCACCCACACCGCGUCUCACAGUCCCCCCUUUGCUGCUAUAACAGCCUCCACUCUUCUGGUUUUCAACAAGAUGUUGGAACAUUGCUGCAGGGACUAGCUUCCAUUCAGUCACAAGCAUUAGUGAGGUCGGGCAAUGAUGUUGGGAGAUUAGGCCUGGCUCGCAGUCGGCAUUCCAAUUCAUCACAAAGGUGUUCGAUGGGGUUGAAUUCAGGGUUCUGUGCAGGCCAGUCAAGUUCUUCAACACCGAUCUCGAGGGGUUGAAUUCAGGGCUCUGUGCAGGCCAGUCAAGUUCUUCAACACCGAUCUCGACAAACCAUUUCUGUAUGGACCUCGCUUUGUGCACAGGGGCAUUGUCAUGCUGAAACAGAAAUGGGCCUUCCCCAAACUGUUGCCACAAAGUUGGAAGCACAGAAUCGUCUAGGAUGUAAUUGUAUGCUGUAGCAUUAAGAUUUCCUUUCACUGGAACUAAGGGGCCUAGCCCCAACCAUGAAAAACAGCCCCAGAUCAUUAUUCCUCCUCCACCAAACUUGGCAGGUAACUUGACAGUUUGCACUACGCAUUGGGGCAGGUAGCGUUCUCCAGAGUCCAAUGGCGGCGAGCUUUACACCACUCCAGCCGACGCUUGGCAUUGCGCAUGGUGAUCUUAAGCUUGUGUGCGGCUGCUCGGCCAUGGAAACCCAUUUCAUGAAUCUCCAGACGAACAGUUCUUGUGCUGACGUUGCUUCCAGAGGUAGUUUUAAACUCUGUAGUGAAUGUUGCAACCGAGGACAGGCAAUUUUUACUCGCUUCAGCACUCAGCGUUCCCGUUCUGUGAGCUUGUGUGGCCUACCAGUUUGUCUGAGCCGUUGUUGCUCCUAGACAUUUCCACUUCACAAUAACAGCACAUACAGUUGACCGGGGCAGCUCUAGCAGGGCAGAAAUUUGACGAACUGACUUGUUGGAAAGGUGGCAUCCUAUGAUGGUGCCACGUUGAAAGUCACUGAGCUCUUCAGUAAGGCCAUUCUACCGCCAAUGUUUGUCUAUGGAGAUUGCAUGGCUGAAAUGACCGAAUCCACUAAUUUGAAGGGGUGUCCACAUACUUUUGUACAUAUAGUGUAUAUUGUGAAUCGCCCAUAAGUUUGAAAACAUCGAUGUUUAGGUCAUAUCGCACAGCCAUAGUGGAUGUGCAUGGUUGCAAUUCAUCAGUUAACUUCCUGGUGUAGCUUUUUACCGCAAGCAGUGUGAACGGUCCCGCACUUCCAACAAGCUUUACUUGUUAACCGUAGCUUUAUUCGCUUACAAGUAGGUUAGCCUUCAGCCAGUUAGCCCUUCACUUAGCCUCUUAAAGCUAGAGUCUUGGCUAACCUUCCAUGAUACAUUAAAGCCAAUUGGCUAUGUCAUGACCCUUCUUACUGGAGUUGUUGGGCCAACAGGCUGAUUAUUAAAUCAGUAGUAGACUCUAGCUCUGGAAGACCAGUAUCUAAGGAGUUAUCCAGCCCACUCACACCACUGUGGACUUAGAAGCUAUAGCAGCUGUUGAUGCAGGGAGGAGAGGUUGUCACUGCAUUACUGUUGAAUGGAAUAGCUUAGUUAAACCUUCCCUUUCUAUUUUUAGGCUUUUGACCCCCUUCUGCAGCUCAUAUUUACCUUCUGCAGCUCAUAUUUAAUUCAAUGACCUUUUUCAUGAUUUCUCCCCUUCUCCCUCCUCCAUCUUCUUCCUAACAGAAAAUGAUGAAAGACAACAACCUGGUGCGUCACCUGGACGCCUGCGAGACCAUGGGCAACGCUACGGCCAUCUGCUCGGACAAGACGGGCACGCUGACCAUGAACCGCAUGACGGUGGUGCAGGCCUACGUGGCCGACAAGCACUACCGCAAUGUGCCUGAGCCCCAGCUCAUCCCCGCCGCCAUCAUGGACAUCCUCGUCCUGGGCAUCAGCGUCAACAGCGCCUACACCACCAACAUUAUGGUGAGUGAGGUUGCCUCGAUAAAUGGUGGUCUAUCCAGGAGAACUGCACAGAUGUGUGUGUGCUAUCGAUGUGCAGGCAAUGAUGGGUUUAGAGUAGAUGUUGACGAUUAAUUUAGUUGAUUUAAAUGUGGGGUAGGAGUUCUGCUUGUAAAUGUCAUGUCAGUAACAAAUCACUAGUAUGAGAUGACUGAAUGUACUGUUAAUAGCCUCCAACAUGACCUGGGUCGUAAUCAUUAGGCCAUGCCGUAGCAAAACAUUUUACAAUGGAAGACAAGCUUUUCUUAUUGGGCAAGUUCAGAUGGUACCUCCCCAUUGCACUCCCUUUGGUACUGGUUUCUUCCGUUUUGUGCCAACUGAACAUGACCCUUACAUGAGACUUGGUGUGUCUCUCUCUGUAACCAGUCUCCGGAGAAGGAAGGUGGUCUGCCGCGCCAGGUGGGCAACAAAACCGAAUGUGCCUUGCUGGGCUUCGCCAAUGACCUGAAGCGUGACUACCAGGCCAUCCGCAACGAGAUCCCUGAGGAGAAGCUCUACAAGGUCUACACCUUCAACUCCUGCAGGAAGUCAAUGAGCACCGUGCUGAAGAACGCCGACGGGAGCUUCCGCAUGUUCAGCAAGGGAGCCUCCGAGAUCCUCCUAAAGAAGUAGGUUUGGGUUUCAAGCAAAAUCAACCUGCUCUCAGUAUUCAGUGUGGGGCGAUUUUGGUUUUGUAGUGGAUGGCACAAAAUUAGCAAAGCACUAAGCACCUCUCAUUCAAAGAGCUUAAAAUGGGUUCUUGGUGGCCAGACAGGCUUGCAAAGGAAUUGUUUUAGGCUUAGGUGCUAAUUAGUUCAAGUGCAUCCCACCAAGCCCCUUAAUGUAGCAUCUUAAAAACAGGCCCGGAGAAAUGAGUCUAAGCCUCUUCCCAAAUGGCUCCAAACACGCCUCCUUUUUACCAACCUGUCUCUCUCUCUCUGUCUCUCUCUCAAUUCAAUUCAAUUUAAGGGUUGUAUUGGCAUGGGAAACAUAUGUUAACAUUGCCAAAGCAAGUGAAGUAGAUAAACAAUAAAUAUUAACAGUAAACAUUACACUCAGAAGUUCCAAAAGAAUAAAGACAUUUGAAAUGUCAUAUGUGUAUAUAUACAGUGUUGUAACAAUGUGAAAAUAGUUAAAGUACAAAUGGGAAAAUAAAUAAAUAUAAAUAUGGGUUGUAUUUACAAUGGUGUUUGUUCUUCACUGGUUGCCCUUUUCUUGUGACAACAGGUUACAAAUCUUGCAGCUGUGAUGACACACUGUGGUUUUUCACCCAGUAGAUAAGGGAGUUUAUCAAAAUUGGGUUUGUUUUCGAAUACUUUUUGGAUCGCUGUAAUCUGAGGGAAAUGUGUCUCAAAUAUGGUCAUACAUUUGGCAGGAGGUUAGGAAGUGCAGCUCAGUUUCCACCUCAUUUUGUGGGCAGUGUGCACAUAGCCUGUCUUCUCUUGAGAGCCAGGUCUGCCUACGGCGGCCUUUCUCAAUAGCAAGGCUAUGCUCACUGAGUCUGUACAUAGUCAAAGCUUUCCUUAAGUUUGGGUCAGUCACAGUGGUCAGGUAUUCUGCCACUGUGUACUCUCUGAUUAGGGCCAAAUAGCAUUCUAGUUUGCUGUUUUUUUGUUCUUUCCAAUGUGUCAAGUAAUUCUCUUUUUGUUUUCUCAUGAUUUGGUUGGGUCUAAUUGUGUUGUUGUCCUGGGGCUCUGUGGGGUCUGUUUGUGUUUGUGAACAGAGCCCCAGGACCAGCUUACUUAGGUCUCUGUCUCUCUCUCUCUGUGUGUCUCUCUCUCUCUCUCUCUGUGUCUCUCUCUCUCUCUCUGUGUCUCUCUCUCUCUCUCUCUCUGUCUCUCUGUCUCUGUGUCUCUCUCUCUCUGUGUCUCUCUCUCUCUCUCUCUGUGUCUCUCUCUCUCUCUCUCUCUGUGUCUCUCUCUCUCUCUCUCUCUCUCUCCUUUUUUUUCCCCCCACCACCAGGUGCUCUAAGCUCCUGACGGCAGGCGGCGAGACCAAGGUGUUCCGUCCCCGGGACAGAGAGGACAUGGUGAAGAAGGUGAUUGAGCCCAUGGCCUCAGAGGGCCUGCGCACCAUCUGCCUGGCCUACCGCGACUUCCCUGUCUCGGAGGGCGAGCCUGACUGGGACCAGGAGAACGACAUCCUCACCAGCCUGACCUGUGUAUGUGUGGUGGGCAUCGAGGACCCCGUCAGACCCGAGGUCAGUUUAUGGACCACAGUCAAACAAAACAAGCAGACCGACAUUAGCAAAGAUACAGUGGAGUAAUCUGAUAUUAUAUACUUUACCUACCUACCAAACCCCCGACAUUGCUUCUAGGGCAUGAUGCUAGUGAAAAGGAAGCAAGCCUCCGCCCACAGUUGUAUGCAAAUGUCAGAUUUAUUGUGUUAUUGACAUUUCCAUUGACCCCGAAGUGUGUUCUUAUCAGUAUAGAUAUGUGACAUUCAUAGAGGCCACUGACUAGGAACAACUCUGGGUCCUAGUUAAUGGAUAAUAUCUGUCAGCCUCACACAUGGUCUAUCAACAGCUCCUGUGAUGGUGAAAGCGUAGUUAAAGACCCAUUGCAACCAGGUGGAGUACUGAGGAUGACUUGUUCCCUAUGGAACAGAAGUGGUUCGCUCGUACAAUGACCUUGCCCGAGACCUGAAGACUUGUGUACACUCCCUGAGCUGAUGCCUAGGCUUGAGCUCCGCAGGCUAGGACAGUCCUGCAACUGGCAGGAGACCCGGAUUUCGCAGCCAGUCAGUCACACUAACACGUCUCUCUCUCUCUCUGCCCCUCCAGGUCCCAGACGCCAUCAAGAAAUGUCAGCGUGCCGGCAUCACGGUACGCAUGGUAACCGGGGACAACAUCAACACGGCCCGCGCCAUUGCCAUCAAGUGCGGCAUCCUGCAGCCCGGAGACGAGUUCCUGUGCAUGGAAGGCAAGGAGUUCAACCGACGGAUACGCAACGAGAAGGGAGAGGUGGGUUAAAUAUAUUGUUGUGCCUUUACACGAAAACCCAACCAACUAGGUCGUGUUUGUUAGGCAUCAAACGGAAGAAAAUGUAUUGAAACAGGGAGGGACUACCUGGGCUUGUCCAAUAAGAAACACUUAUUUUCAUUUCCCGUUGCAAAAGGUUUGAGACCUUUUUCCAUUGCGUGCCCUAAUGAACACGACCCUGUUUGACAUUGUACUUCAGUGUUUAUAAACCUAGUAGGGUUAGCUGGGCCUGAUGGACUAAUGAAACAAACUAACAGCAUGGUUGAUAGAUUAAGAAUUGGGAUUGUAGGCUAAUUAGUCUCCUUUUCCCCCUUCUAGAUUGAACAAGAGCGCAUCGAUAAGAUCUGGCCCAAACUCCGAGUACUUGCACGAUCCUCACCCACCGACAAGCACACAUUAGUCAAAGGUACUUUGCUUUGCUGUGAUGAGGUGUGAAUGACGGAGUCAGGCGCAGGAGGUAAAACACCGAAAUCAAGAGUUUUUUUCGGUGUACAAUAAUGUAGCGCAUAUAACGACAGAACGAAACAAGCACAAGGGAAAAUCAACCUUGGCUGCAUACAAGUAAAGAGUAAUUCAACUGAGCUACUCACUCUCACAACGAACAAUCCCUCACAAAGGACAAGGGGGCAGAGGGAACACUUAUACACAGACUAAUGAGGGAAUGAGUACCAGGUGUGUGUGAUUGACAAGACAAAUGGAGUGAUGAUAAAUGGAGGGGUAGUGGCUAGUAAGCCGGUGACGACGAACGCCGAAACCUGCCCGAGCAAGGAGGGGCAGCCUCGGCUGAAUUCGUGACAGUACCCCCCCCUUGAUGCGCAGCUCCAGCAGCGCGCCGACACCGGCUUCGGGUACGGCCAGGAGGACGUGGAGCAGGGAGAGUUCCUCAGCAGAGAGGGAUCGAGGAUAUCCCUCACCGGGACUCAGCACCGUUCCUCCGGACUGUACCUUUCCCACUCCACGAGGUACUGAAGGCCCCCCACCCGGCUCCUCGAAUCCAGGAUGGACCGGACAGAGUACACCGGCGCCCCCUCGAUUUCCAAAGGAGUUGGAGGGACCUCCCGCACCUCAGACUCCUGGAGCGGACCAGCCACCACUGGCCUGAGGAGUGACACAUGAAACGAGGGGUUAAUACGGUAAUCAUGGGGGAGUAAUAACCUAUAUGUGACCUCGUUGAUUCUCCUCAGGACUUUGAACGGCCCUACAAACCGCGGGUUCAGCUUCCGGCAGGGCAGGCGGAGGGGCAGAUUCCGGGUCGAGAGCCAGACCCGAUCCCCCGGUACAAAGACGGGGGCCUCACUGCGGUGACGGUCAGCGUUGGCCUUCUGACGACGCACGGCGCGUUGGAGGUGAACAUGGGCAGCGUUCCACAUCUCCUCAGCGUGCCGAAACCAGUCAUCCACCGCAGGAGCUUCGGUCUGGCUCUGAUGCCAUGGUGCCAGAACCGGUUGAUAACCUAAAACACACUAAAAUGGCGUUAGGUUCGUAGAGGAGUGGCGGAGAGAGUUCUGGGCAUAUUCUGCCCAUGGCAGGAACACCGACCACUCCCCCGGCCGGUCCUGGCAAUAGGACCUCAGGAACCUACCCACAUCCUGAUUAACCCGUUCCACCUGCCCAUUACUCUCAGGGUGGAACCCAGAGGUCAGGCUGACCGAGACUCCCAGACGUUCCAUGAACGCCUUCCAGACUUUUGACGUGAACUGGGGACCUCGGUCAGACACUAUAUCCUCUGGCACCCCGUAGUGCUGGAAGACGUGUGUAAACAGGGCCUCCACAGUUUGCAGAGCCGUGGGGAGACCGGGCAGAGGAAGGAGGCGGCAGGCCUUCGAAAAGCGGUCCACAACAACAAGGAUGGUGGUGUUCCCUUGAGAGAGAGAGAGGCAGAUCAGUUAAAAAAUCAACACUCAAAUGAGACCAUGGUCGUUGUGGAACUGGUAAAGGUUUUAACUUACCUGCUGGGAGGUGCCUUACUCUGGGCGCACACUGAGCAGGAGGAAACAUACACCCUCAUGUCCUUAGCCAAGGUAGGCCACCAGUACUUUUCGGUCAGGCAGCGCACUGUACGACCGAUACCUGGGUGACCAGAGGAGGGUGACGUGUGUGCCCAGUAGAUCAGACGAUCAAGGAUAAGCGCAGGCACGUACUGCAGCCCAGCUGGACACUGCGGUGGAAAUGGAUCUGUGCGUAAUGCCUGCGCUAUAUCCGCAUCCAUCGCCCAUACUACCGGCGCCACAAUGCCGGAGUCUGGCAGUAUGGGGGUAUUGUCUCUGGGCCUCUCCUCUAUCGUACAGCCGGGACAGUGCGUCUGCCUUCACGUUCUUCGUACCUGGAAUGUAUGACAGUGUGAAAUCAAACCGAGUGAAGAAUAGGGCCCACCUGGCCUGGAGAGGGUUCAGCCUCCUCGCUGCCCGGAUGUACUCCAGGUUACGGUGGUCCGUCCAGACGAGGAAUGGGUGUUUCGCCCCCUCGAGCCAAUGUCUUCACACUGUCAGAGCUCGGACAACAGCCAACAGCUCCCGAUCACCAACGCUGUAGUUCUCCUCCGCCGGGCUGAGCUUCUUUGAGAAGAACGCACAGGGGCGGAGCUUGGGUGGCGUGCCCGAGCGUUGAGACAGGACUGCUCCCAUCCCAACCUCGGACGCAUCCACCUUCACUACGAACGGUAGUGAUUGAUCGGGGUGGGCCAGUACAGGGGCCGAGGCCUCAGGUUACUGAAGGCCCUGUCAGCCUCAGCAGGCCAGCGGAGCCGGGACGGCCCACCCUUCAACAGAGAUGUAAUGGGAGCUGCGACCUUGCCAAAGCCCCGGAUACACCUCAGAUAAUAGUUGGCGAAGCCAAGGAAGCGCUGCACCUCCUUUACCGUGGUUGGAGUCGGCCAAUUACGCACGGCUCCAAUGCAGUCGCCCUCCAUCUCCACACCUGUGGUAGAAAUGCGGUAUCCGAGGAAAGAGACGGACUGCUGGAAAAACGUACACUUUCUGCCUUAGCAUAAAGGUCAUUUUCCAACAGUCGGGCCAGUACUUUGCGAACCAGGGACACAUGCUCGACGCGCGUAGCGGAAUACACCAAGAUGUCAUCGAUGUAGACCACUACACCGCGACCAAGCAUGUCCCGAAACACCUAAUUCACAAAGGACUGGAAGACUGAGGGAGCAUUCAUCAAACCAUAGGGCAUCACCAGGUAUUCAUAAUGCCCCUGUGGUUGUGCUGAAUGCUGUCUUCCACUCAUCUCCCUCUCGGAUACGCACCAGGUUGUACGCACUCCUGAGAUCUAAUUUAGUGAAGAAGCGCGCUCCAUGCAAUGACUCAACCACUGACGGAAUGAGGGGGAGAGGAUAACUAAAUCUAAUCGUCUCCUUGUUCAGUGGUCGAUAGUCAAUGCACGGGGGUCAGACCGCUGUCUUUCUUCUUCACAAAAAAUUAACUUGAGGAGGCGGGUGAAGUGGAGGGACGUAUGUACCCCUGGCGCAGGGACUCGGUGACGUAUGUCUCCAUAGCCUCCGUCUCCGCCUGCGACGGGAUACACAUGACUCCUGGGAGGUACAGCGUCUACCCAAAGGUUUAUUGCGCAAUCCCCCGCUCGAUGUGGUAAUUUAGUCACUUUAUUUUUAAAGACUUGUGCCAGUUCAUGGUAUUCGGGGGGAAUGCGCACGUUGGAGGCACCGUCUGGACUUUCCACCAUGGUUGCACCAACGGAAACACCCAUACACCUACCCUGACACUCUCGCGACCACCCCGUGUGUGGCCAUGAGAAAGUGGGGUUGUGGAGUGCUAGCCAUGGAAUACCUAACACCACAGGGAAAGCAGGAGACUCAAUGAUGGAAAAAGUGAUCUGCUCACAAUGCGUCUCUUGUGUGAUCAUUGUGACUGGUACCGUGACUUCCUUAUCAACCCGGACCCUAAUGGUCGACUAUCAAGUGCUCUGAUGGGGCGUGGAAUGGAUAGGGGAACUAAUGAAAUGCCCUGGCGGCGUGUGAAAGUUUUGUCCAUAAAGUUCCCAGCUGCGCCUGAAUCGACUAGCGCCUUACACUGGGGAACUCUCAUGUGAUCAGGGAAGGAUAUGGGUAUAGUACAGUGCUCAGCAGAGGGCUCUGAACAAGAGUGGGUGCUCAAUACCUGGGGUGAUGCGAGAGUGCCCUGCCGGCUUCCUCCUGACCCAAAAGAGCGCUGACGACAACGUGUGGUGGAAUGUCCCUUCGUGCCAUCCGAGUGGCACUGGCGCUGUCGUCCUCCGCUCUCUCGGUGCGGGGUACCACCCAGCUCCAUGAGCUCUGGAUCCGCGUCGGUCGGGGCGGGAACGGGCAGACCUCCUCCAGUACGUCCUCUGGUUGCCAGCAGGUUAUCCAGACGAAUGGCCAUGUCCACCAGUUCGGUAAAAGACAAACUGGUGUCACGGCAGGCUAGCUCCCGUCGGACGUCCUCCCGUAGAUGGCACCGGAACUGGUUGAUCAGGGCCCGCUCGUUCCACCCGGACCCUGCUGCCAGGAUCCGGAACUCCAGAGCAAACUCCUGUACUGUCCUCGUCCCCUGCCUCAAGUGGACCAGCUGCUCACCUGCCUCUCGCGGGUGAUCGAAAACAGCCCGAAAUAGGCGGGUGAACUCCCUGUAGUCCUCCAACGCGGCUCCUCCUUCUCUCCAAACCGCAUUGGCCCACUCCACGGCUUUCCCCGAGAGGCAGGAAAUGAGGACGGACACCUGCUCUUGAUCUGAUGGCGCCGGCCUGACACUGGAGCAAUACAGCUCCAGUUGGAGAAGGAAUCCCUGACAUAGAGCCGGCGUCCCAUCGAACGCCCGAGGUCGGGAUAUCUGGAUCCCUCCGGGUGCUGUGAUGUAGGUGGCUGGAUCCGGUUGGCCAGCUGGUCUCGAACAGAUCGGUUCCUCUUCUCCCCAGGCGUUGGACGACUUGAAGAACCCGAUCCAUCGCUUCCCCCAAGCUGGCCAGCAUCGUGGAAUGCUCCUGGACCCUUGCCACGAUUCCAGGUGUGCGCUCUUCUCCCGCUGACUCCAUAGCGGGUGAGUGAUUCUGUGAUGAGGUGUGAAUGACGGAGUCAGGCGCAGGAGGUAAAACACUGAAAUCAAGAGUUUAUUCAGUGUACAAUAAUGUAGCGCAUAUAACGACAGAACAAAACUAGCACAAGGGAAAAUCAACCUUGGCUGCAUACAAGUAAAGAGUAAUUCAACCGAGCUACUCGCUCUCACAACGAACAAUCCCUCACAAAGGACAAGGGGGCAGAGGGAACACUUAUACACAGACUAAUGAGGGAAUGAGUACCAGGUGUGUGUGAUUGACAAGACAAGACAAGACAAAUGGAGUGAUGGUAAAUGGAGCGGUAGUCGCUAGUAAGCCGGUGACGACGAAUGCCGAAACCUGCCAGAGCAAGGAGGAGGGGCAGCCUUGGCUGAAUUCGUGACAUUUGCUCUUUCAGGAUGAAAAUGGAAAAUGUCAGUGUCUUGAAAUUUUAAAUUUCAAAUGAGUAAUUUAAUCCCCCAAAAAAUCCUUCUCUCUCCCUCCAGGUAUCAUCGACAGUACGGUCUUAGAACAGAGGCAGGUAGUAGCAGUCACAGGAGACGGCACCAAUGACGGGCCCGCCCUGAAGAAAGCCGAUGUCGGCUUCGCCAUGGUGAGUCUCAUUUCUCUGCCCGUCGUAUCAGAAAUUAACAUGUUGAUACUAUUUGGCUGUAAAUGAUUGCCCAUACUGUAUGGCAGCUCAUACUGUCCAGAUAACCAUGAGUCAUAUCGUCACAAGUCCAGAUAAUGAUCAUGAUGUAACUUUAAUCUGCAUUUUUUAUAUGGGUAGUCAAAAAGGGUGUUGGGUUUAAAGAUGGCAUUGUAAACUUUAUGGAUGUAAUUUACUGCAUGUUUACAAAGCAAUACAAUUAAUAUAUCAUGUGGGAAAAAAUAGAUACAAAUGUGAAACUAAAGUUCAACGAAGUUGACUGACGGAUAACAUCACACUCAGUAGUGACCAAUGGCCAUCACAUAUCGCACAUAUCAACAGAAACAACAAAAGUACUGCACCGCAAUUACAUGUGUAUAGGGCUACGACUACUUGAAUAUCUAACUUGUUUCUCUUACGCAUUUUGACUUAAUGAGACCGUUAUGAAUGGACAGAGGGGUAGACAGGGAUAUGGAGAAACCGUAUGAAGGUUUGGAGUGGGGAUUGAACGCCGGUCUCCUGGGAGAGAUGUAUGUGUAUCCAGAGCAGGGGGGUGUUAAUGCUAGACCACGAGCUCUGCAUAAAUUGAAUAUAGAACUUUAUGUGAAUGUGUGUCACCUGCAGGGUAUCGCUGGCACGGACGUGGCCAAGGAGGCAUCUGACAUCAUCCUGACGGACGACAACUUCAGCAGCAUCGUCAAGGCGGUGAUGUGGGGACGCAAUGUCUACGACAGCAUUUCCAAGUUCCUCCAGUUUCAGCUCACCGUUAACGUAGUGGCUGUCAUCGUGGCCUUCACCGGCGCCUGCAUCACGCAGGUAACACACACAAACUAGGGAUGGGCACGGUUAUUCAAAUAUCCCAACGGACGUUAGUAUUCCACUACUUGAGAGAGUAUUCAUUUGUAAGAAGAAAAAAAUAUAUAGGCCUAUUUUUAAAAUGAAAAGGCUUCGUCUUAAAAUAUAAUUAUCGCGUGUCGGUUUAGCUACUUUCUCUCUCCCUCCAUGCCACACAUGCAGACUGUCACACACACCUGCUCCUCUCCUCUCCCGCCCCUCUCCCACCUUCUGCUGAAACAAGCAGAGCGCAGCACACCAGCUCUCUCUCGCGCUGCGUGAGCAGGUCUCCAAAAAAUAUAUAAUCCCUAACACACACAUACACUGAGUGUACAAAACACUAGGAACACCUUGCCUUCAAAACAGCCUCAAUUCAUUGGGGCAUGGACUCUACAAGGUGUCGAAAGCAUUCCACAGGGAGGCUGGCCCAUGUUGACUCCAAUGCUUCCCACAGUUGUGUCAAGUUGGCCUUUGGGUGGUGGACCAUUCUUGAUACACACGGGAAACUGUUGAGCGUGAAAAACACUUGAGACACUCAAACCGGUGCGCCUGGCACCUACUACCAUACCCCAUUCAAAGGCACUUGAAUCUUUUGACUUGCCCAUUCACCCUCUAAAUGUCACACAGAUACAAUCCAUGUCUUAAUUGUCUCAAGGCUUAAAAAUCCUUGUUUAACCUGUCUUCUCCCCUUAAUCUACACUGAUUUGAAGUGGAAUUAAGAAGCGACAUCAAUAAGGGAUCAUAGCUUUCACCUGGUCAGUCUGUCAUGGAAAGAGCAGGUGUUCUUAAUGUUUUGUCCACUCAGUGUAUACACACACACACACAACUCACUGUCAACGUGGUGGCCAUCAUCAUGGCCUUCACCGGAUCCUGUAUCAUACAGGUAUGGAAACGCCGGUGAUGUGGGAAGCUGCAGAUAGAAAUGUCAUGAAUAGAGCGGACAUGACUCACUGUAUGUGAUAUGGAGAAAAACGAAUCGCUGUGCUCUUGGAUUUGAUUUGCAUUCAGAGGGGAGUUUGUAGAAGGAAUAGAGGGUUUGGUUCUUAGGUGCAGCUCCAGGAUCUAUCCUCCCUUAGCUUGAAUGGCAAGAUUUUUCUCACCUAUGACUGAAGUCUAUGAUCUGUGUGUGUGUGUGUGUAUCAACAAUGACUGAGGCAGUACAAAAUGGUGCACUGCACGUUGGAAACCGCAACCAAUUUAUUCUAAUGUAUUCCCUUGGAUCAGAGCAGGUUUUGAAAUAGGUCCUACUUUUCAGGUUCUCUGUGACUAGUGGUAGCAAUCAUCUGCCCCUAUUUGACCUGUCGGUCACAGCAGCCGCCAAAUCAGUGCUCAACCAAGCAUGAAACAAUGGUAAAUGGGCCUGCAAUAGAAAAGGAACAAACAGCUAUUUAAAGCUCUGGGCCCGAGCUGAGUGCAUUAUCCAACAGUGCUGUAAUUUUGGGAUCAUGAGCAAUGAGUGGCUGAGCAUUUACUAGAGGGCCACACGGGUGUGCGCGCGCGCACACACACACACACUGUAUGCUACUAUAGAUGCUAAUGUGUUUACGUGUGUGUAGCUAGCCACUCUGCUAGCAUGCUAAGCUGCUAAUUUUUGGAUGUAUAAUGUAUGUAGGUAGCUGCUCUGCUAGCAUGCUAAGCCGCUAAUACGUACAGUGGGGAGAACAAGCAUGUAGAGGUCUGUAAUUUGUCAUAGGUACACUUCAACUGUGAGAGACGGAAUCUAAAACAAAAAUCCAGAAAAUCACAUUGUAUGAUUUUUAAGUAAUUCAUUUGCAUUUUAUUGCAUGACAUAAGUAUUUGAUACAUCAGAAAAGCAGAAAUUAAUAUUUGGUACAGAAACCUUUGUUUGCAGUUACAGAGAUCAUACGUUUCCUGUAGGUCUUGACCAGGUUUGCACACACUGCAGCAGGGAUUUUGGCCCACUUCUCCAUACAGACCUUCUCCAGAUCCUUCAGGUUUCAGGGCUGUAGCUGGGCAAUACGGACUUUCAGCUCCCUCCAAAGAUGUUCUAUUGGGUUCAGGUCUGGAGACUGGCUAGGCCACUCCAGGACCUUAAGAUGCUUCUUACGGAGCCACUCCUUAGUUGCCCUGGCUGUGUGUUUUGGGUCGUUGUCAUGCUGGAAGACCCAGCCACGACCCAUCUUCAAUGCUCUUACUGAGGGAAGGAGGUUGUUGGCCAAGAUCUCGCGAUACAUGGCCCCAUCCAUCCUCCCCUCAAUACGUUGCAGUCGUCCCCUUUGCAGAAAAGCAUCCCCAAAGAAUGAUGUUUCCACCUCCAUGCUUCACAGUUGGGAUGGUGUUCUUGGGGUUGUACUCAUCCUUCUUCCUCCAAACACGGCGAGUGGAGUUUAGACCAAAAAGCUCUAUUUUUGUCUCAUCAGACCACAUGACCUUCUCCCAUUCCUCCUCUGGAUCAUCCAGAUGGUCAUUGGCAAACUUCAGACGGGCCUGGACAUGUGCUGGCUUGAGCAGGGGGACCUUGUGUGCGCUGCAGGAUUUUAAUCCAUGACGGCGUAGUGUGUUACUAAUGGUUUUCUUUGAGACUGUGGUCCCAGCUCUCUUCAGGUUAUUGACCAGGUCCUGCCGUGUAGUUCUGGGCUGAUCCCUCACCUUCCUCAUGAUCAUUGAUGCCCCACGAGGUGAGAUCUUGCAUGGAGCCCCAGACCGAGGGUGAUUAACCGUCAUCUUGAACUUCUUCCAUUUUCUAAUAAUUGCGGCAACAGUUGUUGCCUUCUCACCAAGCUGCUUGCCUAUUGUCCUGUAGCCCAUCCCAGCCUUGUGCAGGUCUACAAUUUUAUCCCUGAUGUCCUUACACAGCUCUCUGGUCUUGGCCAUUGUGGAGAGGUUGGAGUCUGUUUGAUUGAGUGUGUGGACAGGUGUCUUUUAUACAGGUAAUGAGUUCAAACAGGUGCAGUUAAUACAGGUAAUGAGUGGAGAACAGGAGGGCUUCUUAAAGAAAAACUAACAGGUCUGUGGGAGCCGGAAUUCUUACUGGUUGGUAGGUGAUCAAAUACUUAUGUCAUGCAAUAAAAUGCAAAUUAAUUACUUAAAAAUCAUCCAAUGUGAUUUUCUGGAUUUUUGUUUUAGGUUCCGUCUCUCACAGUUGAAGUGUACCUAUGAUAAAAAUUACAGACCUCUACAUGCUUUGUAAGUAGGAAAAUCGGCAGUGUAUCAAAUACUUGUUCUCCCCACUGUAUGUAGCUCGCUAGCUCCUCUGCUGGUGUGAAGUGGUUUGCCUCUGUAAUGGAGCCUGAGUAGCUCUGGUGAGUCAGGAAGUGGACACUGUAUAGCUGCUUGUGUGUCAUUUCUGAGCAGUGUGUGGGCUACUGAAGACUAAGCUUUCAAUGAUCACUGCUCAGGCAGCAUCGGCGCUUCGUGUUAUGGCCUGCGCUUCUUUUAAUGCGUUGGUUGGAUUUGUGCAGUGUGUCGGCAGUCUGCCGUUGGGAUAGUGUGGAGGAUGUUAUGUAAGUAGUAGUGACUGCAUGAGUAAUCCAUUUAUUUUUCCUCUUUCUCACUCUGUCCUGCUCUCCCCCGCUUUCUCUAUCUCCUCCUCUUUCAACUCCCUUCUCUGUCCUCUAUCUCUCUCUCCUUCUCCUCUUUUUCACACCCCCUUUCUCUCCUCCCCUCUCCAUUUCCUUCUUACCACCAUCCCUCUCUGUCUCCCCUCUCCUUUUCCUACCACCCUCUCGCUCUCUCCCUCCAGGACUCUCCACUGAAAGCUGUCCAGAUGCUGUGGGUGAACCUGAUCAUGGACACCUUUGCCUCCCUGGCCCUGGCCACCGAGCCCCCCACCGAGUCUCUCCUGCUGAGGAAGCCGUACGGCCGCAACAAGCCCCUUAUCUCCCGCACCAUGAUGAAGAACAUCCUGGGCCACGGAGUCUACCAGCUCAUCAUAAUCUUCACCCUUCUCUUCGUAGGUAAAUGACUGGAGCGUGUGUGCAUUAUCUGCCUCACUGAUUGUAUCUCACUUUAAUUGCACACUGAGCUGAAACGGGUUACCAUAUGCCAUUCAAUUUCACAUGGGUAUGAGGCGGUCUUGAUCGACUGGCUCGCUGAUCGUAGCACCUUAACUACUACAACCUUAACUAGGGCGGCAGGUAGCCUAGCGGUUAGAGCGUUGGGCCAGUAACCGAAAGGUCACUGGUUCAAAUACCCGAGCUGACAAGGUGAAAAACCUAUCGAUGUGCCCUUGAGCAAGGCACUUAACCCUAAUUUGCUCCAGGGUUCGCCGUACUACUAUUGCUGACCCUGUAGAUCAACACAUUUCACUCCACCAAUCCGGUGUAUUUUUGGAAAAUAGUAGGUCGACCACACUGUCUAGUGACUGGGCUGCCAUCUUAUUGGGCUGUCCAGUCUAAUUUCAGUGUCAGAUUAACCUCAGUCGACAAAAGGGUUGGGCUCUUCCCUUUCGAAGGCCGAGAACAUUUGAAAGGUUAAGUGAAAUUUACUGAUCUGAAAGAGGUCUUUUGAUGUAAAAGAUGUGUUCUGACCUCAAUGGGACUUACUGAAUAAAUAAAGGUUAAAGGUAGACUCAGCCAAAUGAUGUUGCCACGAGCAGCACCGCAGAUAUUUUAAUGAGCGAGAUGCAACACUUCGCUCUCAUACAGUAUCUGCACAUGUGUAAGGGUUUCGCUUAACGCUGUUAGUGCGUGGUAGCCACCGGACCAAAACAGCGGUGAAGUUGAGCCAUGUGCUUCAACGUUCUUAGUAGUUGCGGAAAUUUACCCACUAUGCUGUUAUACUUUCUGCAUCAUAUCGCUGAGUCUACCUUUAAAUCAUUCCAAAGAGGGCCUAGUGUCUGCUAGUUUUUUACUUUCAAUUAAGACUUAAAGAACCAGGUGAGGGGAGUUCUUUACUAAUUAGUGACCUUAAUUAAGCAGUCAUGUACAAGGGAGUAGCGACCUUCCAUGAAAUUCAGAGAAAUAUAUUUUAAAAACUAGUAGGCCAACACUUCAUCUCCCCAUCUCUCUCCUCCCCCUCCCAGGCGAGCAGAUCUUUGACAUCGACAGCGGGCGGUACGCGCCCCUCCACUCUCCUCCCUCGGAGCACUACACCAUUAUCUUCAACACCUUCGUCCUCCUGCAGCUCUUCAACGAGAUCAACGCCAGGAAGAUCCACGGCGAGCGCAACGUCUUCGAUGGCAUCUUCAACAACCUCAUCUUCUGCUCCAUCGUCUUCGGCACCUUCAUCAUCCAGGUAACUUAGUGCCUAGUGUCUUCAGGCUGUAGCAUGUCUGCCUGCCGGUUGCUCACUGCUUUAAACAGACACACAUUUUUAUUUAUUUAGCAGACGCUCUUAUCCGGAGCGACUUACAAUUAGUGCAUUCAUCUUAAGAUAGGUGAGAGAACCACAUAUCACAGUCGUAUCAGUACAUUUCCCCUCAAAGUAGUUAUCAGCAAAGUCAGCACUAGCAGGAAAAGAAUAGUGCACGUUGUUGAUGUGGGGUUAAUUUAAGAUACUAUUUGAAGAGGUAGGGUUUCAGAUGUUUAUGUCUGAAAUGGCACCCUAUUCCUUAUAUAGUGCACUACAUUUGGCCUGACUGCAGGCUACAAAAGUAGUACACUUGUAUAGGAAAGGGGGUCCAUUUCUGGAAGAAUAUAGAUGCUUCCCCAUAUAUAAGAAGGCCAGGGCUCCCUUAAAUGAGUCCCAUCUCAAUGGCUCUGACCUGAAUAAAUAAAGGAUGAAGAAAAACGAAACCCAAACCAUAUUCAUACAUGGUUCACAUGAAAACCGUUGUAACACACAUCUGUCAAAAUGGAAUUACCAGGAAACCAAGAAACGAUUGGCAUGAAUGAAAAUGAGCUUGACCUCUAAAUGUGUUUCUUUCCUCUCCGGCCACACAGAUAGUCAUAGUGCAGUGGGGAGGCAAACCGUUCAGCUGCGUGGGCCUGAGCAUCGACCAGUGGCUAUGGUGCACCUUUCUGGGCUUCAGCAGUCUCCUCUGGGGUCAGGUAAGAAGACACACACACACACACACACACACACACUCAGUGAGUUGCAAGUGCGUCACCUGUAACUUUCCAACACGGCCCCAUCCGUCAGGGAUACACUACUGCCCCAAUGUGGCUGUGUUGGGUAGCCACACUGUAUUGAAAUGGCUAGUUGGAUGAUGAUUUUUACAGAAGGAUCUAGAAUCCCUGAUUUGAGCGCCGUCAUAUUAUUUCUGAAAUAUCUAUUGCAUUACAAUUUCCUGUUGGCCUUCUCCUGUUUUAAUUAUGUUGUUGAUUGUGAUUUCAUUGGUGUUGCAUUUUGUGAUGCUGACCCUAGCAAAUAAAUGGCCGGAUAUGACCACAGACCAAACAUUGCUUUGUCACCAGACAACAACCCAUUACUUUAGCCUCAGGCACAUUUAUUUUCCGAGCUGACUUCCUGUGGAAACUGGUGGUUCGGUUAACUGAUGCACAUUGUGUGAGGGUGCCUGUUGUGCAGCUGUUGCAGUCCAGCUUGUCAUUGCAUAUGUACUAGUAAUCUGGGUCUUUGCUGUCUGUAUGUUAGUAGUCAGUCCUCUGUGGCAGAGAUGGGAUUUGCGGUCCAAUAUUGCAGACAUGGUUUGGACUCUGAUAAGCCCUCUGCCCUCUCCUCCCUCCAGCUGAUCUCAUCCAUCCCCACCAAAAGUCUGAGGUUCCUGAAGUCUGCCGGCCACGGCACCCAGAGGCAGGAGAUCCCCGACGAGGAGCUGGAGGACAUGGAGGACAUGGAGGAGAUCGACCACGCCGAGCGCGAGCUGCGCCGUGGACAGAUCCUCUGGUUCAGGGGCCUCAACCGCAUCCAGACUCAGGUAAUGUCCUCCUUGACUGCUUCUCCACCGAUGUCGACCACAGCAGAGAGGAAUCACAAGCCAUAAGGUUAUGUUAUGGUUAACACUACGCACUUCUCAUCCCCUUCCUCUCAGCACUUUGAAUCAACGGCUGGCAUGUUCCCCUCAGAAGCCUUCUUUUGACUUGAUUUCCUGUUUGCUUUGGAAAGCUAAAGCAAGGUCCUUUUUGCCUAUUCUAUUUCUGGCUUUCUAACAAGCUGAGUUGAACAUCAUGUUAAUGUAAUGGUCAAUGAAGAAAAUGCCCCUUUUUGUGUGAUACUGAGAAGACCACAUAAUGCAGAGAAAAUAACGGUACAGGUAUCUUAAAGGACCAGGUGUGAAAGUUAUUUGAAUAUGGGAUGAUUUCUUUUCUGAGUAAAUGUAAAGCGUCAGAUCAGGCUCUGGGGAAACCUUCUUCAGAUCAGUGCCUUUCCCCCCCCUUCUCUCUCUCAACUGCUAUGUCUCUCUGAGGGGGUAAAUAUACAUUUCUAUUGUAUUUUGGUGCCUUUUCUCUCUUUCUCUGUCAUCUUCCUCUCACCUUUCUCUUUCUCUGGUUUCUUCCACUCUUGGUCUCCUCUUGCUCCCCUCUCUCUCUCUCUCUCUCUCUCGCUCCCCUCUCUCCUCUCUCUCUCCUCUCUCUCUCGCUCUUGCCUCUCUCCUCUUGCUGUGGGUUCUGGGCCCUAUCCUCUCCUGUCACCCUAUCUGAUUCCUUGCAGAUGGAUGUAGUGAGUGCCUUCCAGAGCGGAAGCUCCUUUCAGGAGCGCCAGCUAAGGCGGCAGCCCUCCACCUCCAGCCAACAACAGCACGAUGUAACCAAUGUUUCUAGCCCUACACAUGUAGCCUUUUCUACUACUGCCACUGACGCCAACACCGCUUCUUCCACUGUGGGGUGUGAGUGUGUGUUUCCUUAGUGCAUGAAAAUCUAACAUCGUCCUCUUCUACUCUCUCGCCUAACGUUGAAUUCAUUCACUCUUAAUUGUCCCUACUUUUCUUCAAAAAAUACAAAAAACAACCACAUGUUGCUUGGAAACAUAACUGCUGUGUAUAUCGAUGUACUGUAACACCCACAAGGUCACCACUAGUCCUGAGGGUUUUUUCUGUGUCACAUCUUGUUUUCUGUUCCUGCUUCUGCUUCAUUCUCUGAAGAUAGAGGUUGGGGGAGAGGAGGGAGGGAGGAGCUAGAGGAACGUUGGAUUGAGGUUGUUGUCUGGUCACAUCUGCUGCUGUGCCCCCCUCCCCCCUGGCUGGCCCCCCUGGCUACUAGCGCUCUCAUGGGUCUUGUCGCAGCUCUGGCCCCCCUCUCUAGUAGCUGUGUAAAUGUUUUGAGUAUAUGCCCAUGGUCACGGUAGAUGGUAUUGCUAAAAUCCCCCCAAAAACCAGAGGUUGUCUCUGACUGAGCAUAAACAAAUAAGAGUUAUUUCUCUCUCCAAAUCAACAUAUUGUCAAUGUUUUGGUUAUGUUGGUCAACAUUUGCCACGUAACCAAUAAUGAUCUUUUCCAUUUUAGACCGGCAUGGUUCUUUCUCAGGGUCUUUCCAGGGUGAAGUCCAGUCCAGAGUGUUAGGUCGGUCUGGGUAUUCCAGCCACCUUGUCGCCCAACUAAUAGACAAUCAGUGGAACAUUCCGGGGGCUGCUGUACUGUGUGCAGGAGGCUCCUGGAAUGUCUCUGUCCUCUCCGGAAUGGAAUUUUCAGCAUCCCGCAAAUAACCAAGGCUAUCCCUUCCCAAAUGAACCUUCUUUCCUUAGACCCAGAUUAAGGGCUUUGAUAUGUGUUCCGAGUGUAUUAACUGUUCUCUACCAGGGAGUGUGUCUGUGUGAACUCAACUGUUCUUUUAGACUGGCUGACCUGCAGUUGCAGACAUUGAUUGUAUUAACUGAUGUGAUGUUUCUUCAGAGGCUUUGAUACUAGUGAGCAGUGUUUUGACCAUGUUUUAAUUUCAAUUUGUCUCUUUGGGGUGUAAGCCAUAUCUCCCCACUAAAUGAUGAACCCUCUCUUUCCAGGUGCUUUGCUGAUGAGAACACUUAACAUUUAGGAUUGAUAUAAUUUGAUACUUUUUAUUUCAAUAUUCCUCUUUCAUAGCAAGUGUGUACUGUCCACUGUUGUCACCCCCAAAAAAUGAAGCAAAAAAGCACCCGAAUCUUACUGACUCAACCAUAUUCCUCCUUAGAUUCUGUGAAAUGUGUCAUGGGCUAUACUCAAAGGUUUACUACUGUUGAACACAAGGUAGCACCGCUCUGCAUGGGUUCAGUCUAUAUAGUCCGUUUGAGUGUUUCUUGUGCUGUUGCGUAUCUAGCUAUAAGCUUUAGAUCUGCUUGGCUGCUGCAGUUUUUGUUUUCUCCACAUCAACAUAAUCAGUGACUGACCCUCCUCACCUCCCUCCCCCUGAGCAUGACCAAAACAAGUAACCUAUCUGUGUCCAAGCUUCUGUCCUCUAUGGAUGUGUUCUCGUCCAGAACAUCGCCCCAGAACAUGCCUCGAUUUUUCUUGCAUUUUGAAUAACAUGAACCGAGGGUUGGAUUUUUGGAGCUGGAUUUUUUAAAUGAUAUUUACUACUACUACUACUCCCCUCAAAACAGUUGCGUUGUUUUCUCAAUGGUUUGUUGAAUCCCGAGAGUUUUCUUGAGGUGUGAAAGCCGACGGUAAGAGACAUAUGUCCCACGACCCACUAACUGUUGACUGGUUUCUUCCACCACUGAGUGCUCAGUCUCAGUCCGAGGAAAGACGGUAACAAAAGUGAUCAGGGUUGACGAUUGACCGUAGCCUCCGGGACUAGUCCUCACUGCAUACUUGCAUGUCUUGUUGAGAGUUUCACAACAAAAUCAAUGGUGUUUUUUCAUGUCCCCCGUCCCAAACUCACCGCAAUUGACCCAUUAAAAACAAAGCCCCAUUUAUUUUGUGUCCAUGGUUUGAACUGCAAUUGAAAAUGCUAAAUGUAUGUGUGUAUGAUUCUAUGUUGAGACUGACUGUGUGUCCCCCUUACCCUCCCUCCCCCCAACAGAUCCGGGUGGUGAAUGCAUUCCGCAGCUCCCUGUCCCCCUAUGAGGGGCUGGAGAAACCAGAGUCUCGCAGCUCCAUCCACAACUUCAUGACCCACCCAGAGUUCAGGAUAGAGGACUCGGAGCCCUCCAUCCCCCUCAUCGACGACACCGACGCCGAGGAUGAUGCCCCCACCAAGCGCAACUCCGCCUCCCCCCGCAACGCCACGCCCACCCCUCCUUCCCCGUCACUCGAGCCGACGCCCUCACCCAACCAGAACAAUAAUGCAGUGGAGAGCGGCAACAACCACCUCUACGUGGAGGGCAACAAGGCAGCAGGGACCCCCUCGGCCCCAGGGAGCCCCUUACACAGCCUGGAGACCUCCCUCUGA